AAGGAGGGAGGGGUGGGUGGGUGCGCGCGCGCGCGGAGGGGGUGAGGAGAGAGAGAGAGGAACCAAACCCGGUGCGCGUGUCUGUGCGCGCGCGCGUGCGUGUGCAUGUGUGGCUUUUGAACUGCCCACAGACUGUCACCGAGAGAAGCGGGAGGGAGGGGGAGAAAUGCAGCGGCAGCAGUAGCGGCGGCGCCGGCGUUACUCCAAGCAGCCACAGCUCCAGCCACUACACUCCCAGCCAGCGAGCGAGGGAGAUCUCCGGCGAGACUCAGCGGGCGCCAGGGCGAGCCGGGACCCCGCUCUCUCUCUCUCUUUGUGACCCCAGCCUCGCAGCCGCGCCAAAGGGGACAGAGGAGCAAAGGAACGAGGUAAGAGCCAUCCGAGAGGCUGGAGAGAAUUUGGAUUUUCUUGUUUUCCCCCUCUGUGUUUUUUACGCGGCAGCCAGCUGCUCGAUCCGGUUCUUAUUGCUGUUGAAACAAACGCCCCCGCCUCCAAAAAUGAAAACCGCUUGUUCUCUCGAAAUAUUUAAUAUGCGUGUGUAUGUGUGUUGGGAGAUUUAUAUAUAUAUAUAUAUUUAAAAAAGGGAGAAGCAACAUCUAGGUAGCCAAAUGCCUGGGCGAUGGGUUUCUAUGAAAGGGAGAAAUUUUAAGUCAGUGCCUAUGUCUUGAAAUCUUUGCAUGGAGACCUCCAGGGGCUGGAGAGAUGGCAUGAUGGAGAAAGGGAUGGAUGUGGGGAAUCAGGGUGGAGGGUUUGGGGUUGUUUUUCUCUUUAAUUUUUUUACAACCACCACUUUUUUUUUUUUUUGGAGAGGAUGUUACAGAUUUCUUUCCCCAUCUUUUUAAUAUAUAUCUCUAUAUGUACCAUAUAAACAAAUAAAUAAAUAAAUAUAGACUGCAUAGCAUGGAUAUCUCGAAGAAGGCAUAUUGGGGAGGGGGCAUACAUCCAUGUUAAGAUCAUGCAGGGGAGGGGGGAGAGGAAGGAGGGGGGAAGAGCGUAAAAGCGAGAUAACAUGGCAUGAGAGCCUCAGCUUGGGCUUGAAAGGAUGGUUUUUCGCAGUUAUAUUACCUGUGGAACACUUUGGAGAAAACUCCUAAACGAUCUGUGCGUGUGUAUUUUGGCUAAACGUGUUUCCCCUCCUCCUUCUUUUUAAAUCACCCCUUCAAUCUUCUCUUAGCAGAGGGCGGGCGAGAUGUAAAGUGGACGCCUGCCAAUUUUUUAUUUUAAAACCAUCCUGGGGUGUUACACUGUGCGAUUGUUCUUGCUUAGGCGAUCCUGAAGAAAAGAGCUUCUGGUUUCAUUAUUGGUCAGGAGUGUGGGGUGAAAAAGAAAGACAGACGAGGAGGGGGCGCGGUGGGGGGGAUAUGAUAGCAGUGGCCACAAACAUUUUAAUCUCCCACCCUGCUUAAAUGCAAAGCCUGCAAGACCAGAAGCGUUUGUGUGUCUUGGCUUGGGGAUUUUUUUUGCUUUAAUGAAAAGAUCUACAUCAUCUCUAUGGAGUUUAGGAAUACUGCAUGGAUCCCCGUGGCUUCGUCCUCUCCGCCAUGAAUAUGCAUAGCAAGCCCCCUCCUGGCAUCCUCUCCCCACCCCCAAGCGAAUGUGGUUUCUUGUAAAUCAGAGAUCCUGCAGUUUCUCUCCCUUCUCCACCCCUCUGCUGCGUUAGCCACCGAAUCAUGGCACAUGAAAACGAGCGCAUCUUAGUGGCUCCCGGAGAUGAGGCUCCCGGGUACCACGCUUUCUUUUUUGGGGGGAUGCCUUUUCAAGUAGCCGUCCCCGAGGCCAGCGCAUUCACACGUCGUCUACGACACCGGGUCGGUGUUGGGUGAGAAAACCUCCCAGCUGGGCUCCUCUUUUGGCGAUACUGCAGGGAAAAUGAAUGAAACUCUCUUGUAAUUACCUAUUCCUUUGUCUUCGCCUCGCGCAUGCGUAGCAGAGCAGGGUGGGGAAGACGGACGAGGCAAGUCUCUCCAUCGUUAGUCAGGCACUUAUCAGAAUUGGCAGAACAAAGGCAGGCAUCUUGAGAUAAGGAUCUCCCCAGACCUGUAGGAAAGCAUUGGAGGGAAUCCUUUUUUUUUUUUGCCAGCAGAUCCAUCUUGCAUAAGCACCUUGUUAAAUGCUCCAGUGGAUUUAAAGGGGCAGAGGGAGAGGGAGAUUGUAGACUCAGCAUCAAUUUUACAAAUCCAUGUGAAUGAAAUUCUGCUUAAUAUUAAGCGGUGGUGAUCUCUGUUCGCUGUUAAGAUUGUGCAUCAGUCCAGCCAUACUAUCACAACUCCUUUUUCCAAUGUAGCAGUGAAAAAAUUGCUUCUAAUCUAGAUGAAUGGGGGUGGGGGGGGAAGGGUAAAGAAAUGGCCAUGCUGGGGUGUAGGCUGUGGAAAAUCUUCACUGUCUAGUAUUUUGCAAAAUGGCCUUCAAAGAACUGUGCUGAAGAAUAGGGGCAACCAUUUCAAUGCGUUUCUCCACACCCUGUCUCUUAUCUGCUAGGCUGGCCAUCUUUUCUGCAAACAUUUUUGGGGGUACCAAAUGAACUGCACUAAUGAGGCCGAUCCAUUAGAAGAGGACAAUUAGGCAACUUCCGUGUACCUAGUUCAAUUAAAGUCCGUGUUUAAUGAUACUGUGAAGAAUCUGUCGCUAUAGGAAGCACCCCGGCUGACACUGUCUGCCAAAUUCCUCCACCUAGAGGGAGACACUCUCCUCCUCUCUGGCAUUUUUUCCUAUACAGUCCUGUUUUCUUCAUUUAGUUCUCUUCUUUCCAACCUUCUCUCCAUUCAUUUCAAGAAAUGGGAUUUACCAAGAUGUACUGUACGGUGGAUACAGAUGCCCAUUCCCCCCCCCCACAUCUGCAAUUGAAGUGUGGCAAAACCUUCCACAGACAGCAUUUGGGCAGGAUAAUACGGAUGAAUUAGUUUAGUAGUGAGCCCACACUCAGAUUUUGGUUCCUGGUGGAAACCUUGGCAUCAUACUCAAAUUCUUCCAUUUAUAAGAGCUGGGGGAAGGAUCUGCAGAAGCACCAUUUGCUUAGACACAGCAGUUUGGGAGGUACAAACAUCUACGCACAAUGUGGGAAUUGAGACGACAAGUUUACCAUGCUCCUAUGUGUGUUAACAUUGUCUUGUUCACAUGGGAGGAUGAUGCAAAUGACCAGGCUCAACCUUGGCUGGUUAGUCGAGAGGAAACCACAGUGAUGAACUGGUUGGAUUUGCAGCUUUACCCAGGCACAGAUCUAAUCAAGAAUUUGCCAACACACAGGAGCUGUCACAUCUGAAUUGCUACUUCUAAGCCCAACUAAAUACAUAUAUAUAUAUGUAUUAGAACUGUCGAUCCAGCCAAACACUGGAUUUUGAGAUGUCUUGGAAUGCUGAUUGGGUAAUGUCUGUCCACAGGCCUCAGAGUCAGUCCAUCAACAGUUUAUUGCCUUGCCCACAGGACAUUAAAAAAACACACCAAGUGACAGAAUAUAUCUGAGAACCACAGUCUCAGAGUGGAGGAAGAGGGGAGGGGACUUUGCUAAAGGCUGGCACAAGAUUCCCAGAUUUAUUAGAGUGCAAACAGUAGCAUGGUAUAUUUUAACAACAGCUGUAGUAGUAUACACACACACACACACACACACACACACAUAUGUAUAUAUAUAUACACACACACACACACACAUACAUCUCACUGCGGGUUAAUCAGUCACCUAAACAAACAGACAUCAGUAAAAAUGCACACAACCCAAAUCCUCAAAGCAAAAGGAUUUGUGCUUUUGGAAUGCCUAGUGUAUCGACCCAAUAACUGAUCAAUAGUUGGUCAGACAUAUAGAAUGUGGGUAGGAUUAUUUCCCUUUGUUUUGCUGAACAGCACAGCUGGUUUGGAGAAGAAAACAGAAAGUGAAGUUUUAGAUGGAGAGGAGGAGCAUGAAUCGAAGGAAAGAAGUCACCACUACCACUUGUUUUUUUGUCACCUGUUAGUGGCUGCAUAUUAAUGGUGAAAGCUGCUUUCCCCAGUCAAGUAAAACUGCUGACAGGAAGCCAGCAGCUCCCCACAUGUUAACUUGUCAAAACAGCUGAUUGGGUAACACAGGAAAUUUGUUAGUGAAAUAACUGUUAGGGAAGCACAUCACACAACACUGCUCUGCAAAAAAAAACACAGAUCUGCCAGUCCCCUUGCUGCAUGCUGUUUACAAAUACUGCCCAAACUUGUGGAAUCUUCUGCUUGCAAUAUUGUUCAUAGCCUUUCUUGCUCCCCUCCCCCCAUGUAUCAAAAGAGAGUAGAAGAUAAUAAAUAUUUCAGUUUUUGUUAAAAGCAUAGUUCCAAAACUGCACAAUGCCCAUGUGUUUUGUGAAAUAAUGGCCCUCUGCAAAAAUGGCAGCGUUAGUAACUGCAACCGGAAGCUACAAAUAAAAUUUGUAUUUUCUAAAGUGUCCUGUAUUCAUCUGUCUUUCUUGCAAUCCCUUGUUGCAGCUGACAUUUUGAUCUGCUGACCAAGCCAUUUGUGUCAUCAGUUGCACUUCUAAAAACAUCUUUUCCACAGAAAACAGAAGUAGGUUUGUUUUAUUAAUAAGCAACUGGUGAAACCCACAAUGUAAAAUGGAUUCCUCCUCUCACAUCAUAAAUUCUCUUUAACAAUGUUACUUUUGAGUAAGUGGUUGGUGCUCGCAUCCUUAACAUAGCAACCAGAAGUAUAUCUCACUGAAAUCAGUGGAACUUGCUUUCACAAGUUCCUAAUAUGUAGGAUUGGGUGCAAGUUGACUGAUGAAGUUCUAUGGUCAUUUUUAACAGUUAAGAGCCAGUACUAAACAAGAUCUCCUGAGGAACAAUUAUUGAUAAGUGUCAUCUGGAGAAGUAACAUGGCCCGAUCCCAUGACUGCUUUGAAGUAAGUUCUACUGAGUUCAAAUGAGCUUACUUCCAAGUAAAUGUCAGUAGGUCACACUUCCAAGUAAUCUUGGACAUAAACCCACAUAAAUCAACGAGAUUUGCUUCCAAGUAAGCUUGCUUGGGUGUUGGGCUGCUAAUUGCCUUAUUCUAGUAGACCUUUAAUUCUACAGGUGUGCUUUUGAUGUGCAAAAUUUCAACUUGUGAGAGCACACUUCAAAGUAAACUUGGACAUAAACCCACAUAAAUCAACGAGAUUUGCUUCCAAGUCCACUUGCUUGGGUAUUGGGCUGCUAAUUGCCUUAUUCUAGGUAAAGGUACCCCUGCCCGUACGGGCCAGUCGUGUCCGACUCUAGGGUUGUGCGCCCAUCUCACUUAAGAGGCUGGGGGCCAGAGCUGUCCGGAGACACUUCCGGGUCACGUGGCCAGCGUGACGAAGCUGCUCUGGCGAGCCAGACCAGCGCAGCACACGGGAACGCCGUUUACCUUCCCACUAUAAAGCGGUACCUAUUUAUCUACUUGCACUUAGGGGUGCUUUUGAACUGCUAGGUGGGCAGGAAUUGCCUUAUUCUAGUAGACCCUUAAUUCUACAGAUGUGAUUUUGAUGUGCAAAAUUUCACCGAGCGAGAGCAUAGGGCUUUCACUUCUUUGUUUUGAAAAGAUUCCUAGCCCACAUGGUUUCCAAGAAAAGUGUGUCCAAACAAUGUCACCUGAAAGAUCAGAAACUAAAUGUAGGGAAGGGGUAGAACUUCUGGUUCUCCUAAAUCUCUUAUUUCCUCGUUCCUUUUGCCACCCACACAGCCAUGUCUGCACUUCUUGUUGGAAUGUUGUGGGUAGCAGGAGAGGAUAUAUUGAUUAAAUAUUAUCCUUCCUAACUCACGCUAGUGAGUUUAUUCACACAGCAGAGUACAUUCCCCUCUUUACACAGCAGGAAGCUAGUUGCAGAUUCAUUAGAAUCUCUUAAGUUCUACUAUUCCUGGUAAGACCCCUUUGAUUCCCUCCUAAAAGAAUAAAAACACAACAGUCUUCUUUUAAAGGUAAUAAGUUUACUCACAUUCAGUUCACAGUUGGAGCCCUGAAGGCAGGCUUUAGCUUAGAGUUACAGAAGAGGGUUUUAGUUCAUCUCAUAUGGGAAUUCAUCCCACAUGCUGCUGGCUGAGAGCCACAGUGUAGUCCAAGAGACGAAAAGGCAUCAAAAAAGGAAAGUGGCUAUGUGACUGGACCUUUUGUGGGGUCUGGAAGGAUCAUGCCCACCUUACCAAGGAAGGAUGCUCCAGACCAGGUGUAACAGGAAGUUCAACUGGUUGGACCGACAUUCCCUGCAUGUCCACUCUAGGCAAACAGGAAAUGUUGUAUUUGACUGCUUAUGUUACAUCCCACACUUCUUCCUUGUCCUUUGCCCUCCCAUUCCCGACAGAACAUUUGACAUUCUGAGACUAUGUUCUGUUUUGCAACCAGGAUAUAGGAUGCACAUCUCGCAAGUGCAUGUAAAGACAGAGACCAUUUGCUUAGCAUGCAGAAGCCCCCAGCUUCAAGCUCUUGGUAUCCCCAGGUAGGGCUGGGAAGGAUCCCAGUCUGAAACCUCGCCAAACUGAACUAGAUGGACCAAUGGCCUUUACAUAGCAGCUUCCUAUGUUAGUGGAAACAUCUGCAUAAUUUACUGGGAAGGCAGACUUUGGGUUUCUUGGCACGGGAGAGCAUGGGGCUGGGUUGCUAGAAAUGAAUGAGCUUCCAAGGCACCAGCAGGAACAGAAAGAAGAGGAAUCUGAGGCCAUCGACUAGAGCAGGGCCAGGAUUUUUGGCCCAGCUUUUUUCAGCAAUUUAGAAUGGGAAUGAAAAGAAAGCACUCACAAACCAGAGGUGGUGCAGGAGACUUUAUCUAGUGUGUGUGUGGUGGUGGUUGUGGGGAAGGGCUUGGUUUGCCUUACGUAAAUGAGGUCGUGGUUUGUUUUUGUUUUUGUUUUAAAAUUGGGGGUGGAAAUCACCUGGCUGCCCAUCGUCUCUGCAAGGCGUGCCAGGAUCUUCUGGUCCUGUUUUCUGCUGGAGGCAGGCCGAUAUGCCAAGGGGAACUCCUGGUCACCACUAGCAGAGGAACCACGGCAGAAUGGGGAGGUUCUUAGGUGCUUCAUGCUUGCUCUGGGACUUGUUCAAAAACAGGAUUUAAUUAAGGAAAUCCAGCCGUUCCUUCGCCCAUGAAAACUUGGAGGUAUUUUCUGUUGUUCCCCAGAAACGAGAGGAAGUAUAUUCUCCCUUUUCAGGGGUUGCAGUUGAGGGGAGGAUAAAUGAUCCUCCUAAAAUGGAGCAGUGAAAUUUGUCUCGGUGGUACAAGGAACAGCCCCUGGUAGGAAGCUAGGAAGAGGUUGGAGCAGAGGUCAAGUGUGGAUGUGUUGGCUACUGAAAAUAAGGAAGCAAGCAGUGGCAAGGAGAGAAGCUGAGGGAAGAGUUGUAAAGAGAAGGCCCGAGAACUUCAGAGUAGACAAAAUGGAGAAGGCACAUGAAGUAUCUUGCUAGCAGUGCUACAGCCAAGUGUAGACGUUGGGAAGAGGGGGAAAGGAUACAGACAGGUGUGGGGAACAUUUCACCUUAUACAUGUUGCUGAAAUACAACUCCCAUCAUCCAUGGCUGUUGGCCAUGCUUGGUGGGGCCAAUGAGAGUUGCAGUUCAUCAGCAUCUAGAGGACCAAAGGUUGCCAGGUGUGGAUGCUGCUGGGGGUGGCAAAAUGGAAGGGAGACCCACAGAGUGGCAAGGGUGCAAUUCAGAGCCCGAGGUGAGUCUAACCAGUGCCAGAGUUUGCCUGCGGAAUCAAUAAAUGGAGUAGUGUAUGGAGUCUUGCAAUACUGAGUUGUCUGUAGCUAACAUAGAGAUAAGCCUGUCUGUAGCUAACAUAGAGAUCAGCCCUGAUUAUAGGCUUUAGGUAGUGCUAGUGAAUUUUAACUGACCCAUGAGAUGCUUGUAGCCUGGCUAAUAUAUGUAUAUGACUAUGAGCUAAUUUAUCUAGUCCUUUACCUAACUAGUGAAUUAAUAAUAAUAAUAGAAUAAAAAAAUAUUUAUAUCCCGCCCUCCCCAGCCAAAGCCGGGCUAGGAGCAGCUAACAAUAGUAAAAUAAUACAGCAUUCUAAAAUCAAUUCAUUCUAAAAUCAGUUCAAAUCAAAUUAAUGGCAACCACUGGGCUAGAGUUCUAUGAGGAUUACCGAAGGAGGGGGUCAGACCGUGCCUUGGCCAAAGGCCUGGUGGAACAGCUCUGUCUUGCAGGCCCUGCGGAAAGAUGUCAAGUCCCGCAGGGCCCUAGUCUCUUGUGACUGAGCGUUCCACCAGAUCGGAGCCACAGCUGAAAAAGCCUUGGCUCUGGUUGAGGCCAUCCUAACCUCUCUGUGGCCCGGGCCCUCCAUGGUGUUUUUGUUUGAAGACCGUAAGGUCCUCCGCGGGACAUACCAGGAGAGGCGGUCCCGUAGGUACGAGGGUCCUAGGCCGUAUCUGGAAGUGGUGCAGGCAGUUUUUUGUUCUUGGCAAGGAACAAUUUCUAGGGCCCACGCUCUGUCUAAAUAGCAAUAACAUGAAAUAAUAAUACAGUGCUGCUGGGCAUGUGCAGAGUUCCUUUGUCCUGCCACUGAGUAAUAGCGCUAGGUAGCUUACACACACUUACGCAGGGCUUGAUGCAUUUAGAAGUUCCUCCUCCUUAUGUUUCAUACCUCCCCACCUUGAUCUUUAACCAGUAACAGAAUGACUAAAGUGGUCCUCUUUCCCCUAAUCCCCAUCAGGACAAGAGGCCUACAUUACUGCUACCAGUAAAUAGGGAAAAGAAGCCUCUCCUUGAGGUUGGAGCAUAUUGCAGGUGCCAUGGGGAAAACUGACAUCUGGCGUCCUUCCGUUUCUGUAUCAUUUAUAGCAUAGACCAGGGGUCUGCAACCUUUAAGACAAAAAGAGCCACUUGGACCCGUUUCCGAAGAAAAAAAACCUGGGAGCCGCAAAACUCCUCAUUAUAAAAAUAACUUUUAUGUCACUUUUUUUUUUAUUUCUUUGUUUGACCCCUCAGAAUUACUCCUCCUCAUAGAAAUAAACGUUAAAUUAACAAGUUACCUUUUUGUGUGUGUGUGUUCUUCACUCCCCUUCAAAACAGCGUACAUGCCCCCUUUCAAUGCAGUGACCAGCGUACAUGCCCCUUACAAUGUAGCGGGCGGGCAGGUGGGAAGGUGAUGUCGGGACGGUGUGUGACUAACGCACGCACCGCCCCCAUGCGACGUCACAGCCAGUAUAGCGCCCACCACAGUGGGGAGUGUCGGGGCGCACAGUGCGCCUCCUCCCCUCGCUAGUAUCCGCCCCGGAGCCGCGGUAAAGGUGUAAAAGAGCCACAUGCGGCUCCGGAGCCGCGGGUUGCAGACCACUGGCAUAGACCAUCACCAUAGUGGAGCCUCACACUACCAGUAGUAGCUGCCAGAGUAUGAAGACAGUGGCACUCCAUGCAGUAAAUGCCUAUGUAUGCCACAGCACAAAGACUGGGUGAGGUCACAAAAUAAUAAUAAUAAUAAUAAUAAUAAUAAUAUUUGUACUCCACCCAUCUGUCUGGGUUUCCUCAGCUGCUCUGGGCAACUCCCAACAGAAUAUUAAAAACAACGAUAAAGCACCCAACAUUAAACACUUCCCUAAACAGGGCUGCCUUCAGAUGUCUUCUAAAAAGUCAUAUAGUUGUUUAUUUCAUUGAAAUCUGCUGGGAGGGCGUCCCACAGGGCGGGUGCCACUACCGAGAAGGCCCUCUGCCUGGUUCCCUGUAACCUCACAUCUCGCAGUGAGGGAACCACCAGAAGGCCCUUGGAGCUGGACCUCAGUGUCCAGACUGAACGAUGGGGGAGGAGACGCUCCUUCAGGUAUACUGGACCGAGGCCAUUUAGGGCUUUAAAGGUCAGCACCAACACUUCGAAUUGUACUCGGAAACGUACUGGGAGCCAAUGUAGGUUUUUCAGGACCGGUGUUAUAUGGUCUUGGCGGCUGCUCCCAGUCACCAGUCUAGCUGCCGCCUUCUGGAUUAAUUAGCAUGUCUUCUACACCUCAUUUAAGAGAUAGAUGCAGGGACCCCUGACCAGUGUGCAUAGCCUCCAACACGUCCCACUGGAAAACCAGGACGGCCAUCUUCCAGGGCCGCACUUCCGUGUGAGUCAUGUGACCUGCAUGAGAAAACGGUCCCCCAAAACUGGAUGCCCUAGACAGUUGAUGGGUAUGGUGUGUUGGGCUGGAUAUUAUGGCUAGAGCCUAGGUGGUUCUGGAACUGUGACUCUGUGUUGACCUGAUACUUCAUAAAUUGGCUUUUCUUAAGUUAGCUUGGUUGUCUGUAUUUCUCCUCUGCAUGUGGUGAGAUGUCCACUCACAGUCCAGAAGAAUAUUGAGGGAAGCCAGAAUUGAGCAGAACAGUAAGGGUAAGAUAAUGGUGUUGGAGAAGGAGUUGAUUUAGAUAAAUGGUUUUUUAGUGACAGGAAACAGCCUCCUCAGUGGUUCUAGAGAAUGGUUCCUCAGACUCCAUCCCCAUGAAUCUCUUUUUUAAAUAUUUAUUUAUUUGGUUUUUCAAAUUAAAAAUUUACAGAGAUAUAUCAAACAUAAAUCAUAAAAACAAGAUUCUAAAGAAUCUCCUGGACUUCCAUCCUCCCCUUUGUGGGUCCUAUUAUUAAUCCUUUCCUCCUGCAUCUUUUAUGAUGAUCCAAAUCUUUUACAUCUCCAUUGUAUCCAGAAUUUACCCUUAACUACAAGUAGUAUUCCAAUCCUACUAAGGAUUUUAACUGUUUACAAUGGUCUUUAAGAUAAGUUCUAUUUUCCCCCCAUUCCUUAUUAAAAUUUUGGUCUUCCUGAUUUCUGAUUCUUUCUGUCAUUUAACCAUUUCGCCAUAGUCCAGCCUUUCUCGACCUGUGCGUCCCCAGAUGUUGUUGAACUGCAACUCCCAUCAUCCCUAGCUAGCAAGGCCAGAGCUCAGGGAUGAUGGGAGUUGUAGUCCAACAACAUCUGGGGACCCAGAGGUUGAGAACCGCUGGAUAGUCCAUCAACUUCAUCUGCCAUUCUUCUCUGGUAGGAACUUUAUCUUCUUUCCAUCUCUGGGCCAAUAACAUUCAUGUAGCCAUCCGCCUGUAAAUCUCACUGGGUGGCUGUGGCAGUAAUCAUAAUGUAGUGUCUUGACAAAGUGUCUUGAAAACAUAGGCAUUGUACAAGGAUGAUGUUAAAAGCAAGUCCCACCUGCAGACUUGCAAUGUAAAGAGGUUGCUGGUGUUCUUACAGUUAUAAGGCAAAAGCAGAAAAUACAGUGGUACCUCGGGUUACAUACGCUUCAGGUUACAUACGCUUCAGGUUACAGACUGCGCUAACCCAGAAAUAGUGCUUCAGGUUAAGAACUUUGCUUCAGGAUGAGAACAGAAAUCGUGCUCCGGCGGUGCGGCAGCAGCAGAAGGCCCAAUUAGCUAAAGUGGUGCUUCAAGUUAAGAACAGUUUCGGGUUAAGAACAGACCUCUGGAAUGAAUUAAGUACUUAACCUGAGGUACCACUGUAUAAAGCACAUUGUAUACCGUGUUGGAAACUGAGAUAUGGAAGCUAGGAGCUAAAUGGCACCUUAAACCUAGGUUAUGGGCACAACAACAGAAUGUCUAAGUGUGCUUUUUUAAUAACAAGAAUACAAAGCUGAACAUGAAUGAACUGCAGCUAAAAUAUUAUGUUCUUUUUUAACAUGGUAUAGUCCUUCCCUUGCCCACACCCCUAAUAUUCUUAAGAUGGUCUCUUCUCCAGUCUUCAGAGAGCAGCUGGAAGUGGGGAGGCAGGAAAAGGACCUCUUUUCCUUCCACUCUGCAGUUUUAAUCUGAAAUCUUAGGCACAGUACUGCGCCCAGAGCUCAGAAACCUCUCACACCAAUGGAAUUCCCUGUCGCAAAAUGUGCCUAGAACAAUGGGAGUUUCGAACACUGAUCUCGAACACUCCCAAAGCUGAUUUUCCACUCUGGAAAGGAACAUUGGUUACACAGGUAUGUUUGCAGUUUAUAUUUCCACCCAUGGUCAACGUAAUGUACUAUUUGCAUGCCGGCAAGCAAGUGUUUCCCAAGCCUCUGACAACCGAGUCACAUUUUAGUCUGAAUUGAUACUGGAGGCAGUGGCGGACUAUGGGCAUUCAAAUUUCAGCAGUCCCCUGUGCAAUGCCAAAAUUUGGUGCCUCCCUUUCUCUUGCCUUCUGUUCUAAGUCAUUUUUGCGGCGCCCCCCUGCAGCUCCCUCUCGUCUUGGUGCCCAGUGCAGGCAAACUAUUCAAAUUCCUCUAAAACCACCUUUGUAGAAGGCACACUUCACUCUGAACAUUUGCAAAGUUUUACAUUAAGAGUCUGCAAGCUGAAGGCUUAUCUUCCCUUAGCAAACCUGCUCUUUAAAAGCUCAAUUGGAACAAACAUCAAUCUAUGCAAAACCUGAAUUGACAUUUGCUCCGAUUCAGCUUGAGAGAGUGGGUUUUCGUGGGGGAAAUUUCGGGGCAAAAGAAAAAGAAAAAUUACGCUUGGGUGCAGAGUGUUAAAGUGCGGACCUUUGUCUGGAAAGAGUGGGCCAAAAAGUAAGCGUGGAAAAGCCCUGAGCCACUGUUUUCGACUAGACCAGGGCAGAGAUACAGUGAGCAGUUUCUUCUGAAGUCAGGGCCUUCUGCCCAGUCUCUGUCUUGGUGUGAUAAAACGAUCCAGUCACAACCAAUGAAAAGAUGUGGCUGAAUUACCUUGCACCAGCAGAACCAAUGGGAAAGUGGCCAGGCCAGUGAAAACAGCGAAUGAUGUGCUGAGGCAGCCGUGGGCGGGUACUUGGGGCUGAAAAAAGCCAUUAAUUUAUUUAUUUUGUGUGGCAUGCCAGCAGUUCUCUUGUGGCACACAAAUGUAGGAAUUGCUGCAGUAGGAUUCAUUGUUCCUAGCUGCUUUCCAUAUUCAACUUGCUGCUGUGUGUGUCAUUAACUGCCCAGCACCUGGAAGUAAUGCAAAGCCACUGUUAAUGGUGCAAAAAGAAGCACUUAACGGAAAACCAUGCGCUAAUACAAAUCUUUAAACAUCCUAUGCAGUCAAAUCGACAAUAGAUUUGCACCCUCUUUAAAUACCAGGUUCCACCUGACGAUGAUGAACAAUACAAAUUGUUUUUUCAUAGAGAUAUCACAUAUGCUUCGUGUUUUCCUUUUCUCUCUGGUUCUGGCUCCAUCUUGUGAAGAAAAAAAGAAAAGUGCCCAAACAGGAAAAACGCUAGAGAAGAUGUCUUCCUGCCAGACAACAAUCCCUUCUAAAAGAUGAAUGUUUUGGAUUAAGUUGUUGAGCUGGGUCAGGAAACAGAAAAUUUGGGAAGUGGGGUAAGGGGGAGAGAAACGGCUGGCCUUCUUCUUGUCAAUCAACGCUAAUUGCAGCCAGGCACCAAUGAAUGAAGUCAAGGAACAAAUUCCUAAAAGCAUCAGAGAUUUGAAAAUAGAAACCAUAUGCAAUGUGUAAUGGAGGCUUAAUGCAUUAAGAAGUGGUUUCAAGAUAGCGUAUGAAAAAAUGCCUGUGGAGAAUGGAAAGCACUCGUACGAUGGAUCUCUCCCCUGCAGCGUUGCAAUAUCACAUGUGCCACAAUUUUCUUGCUCUCUGGAUACCGAUAGCAUCUUGACAUCUUAUUUAAAGAGAGAGGUGAUUGUUUCAUUACAAUUUGCACCUGUCAAAUGAAAGAAACAAAGAAGAAAAUAGAAACUUCCCAUUUCCACAAUGCCUUUUGCCUUCCAGUUUUUCUGCUUUUUUCAGAUACGAAACUUUUCCAUUCUUUCCCCAACAUCUCACAAGCUGACACAAGGAAUGCUUAUCCCUCACCCCCCCAAACAUGUGUGAACAAAAGAAAAUGUAAAGGUUUGUACGUGCUGUGAAUGGUCACAGCCAGGACACAUUUAAAGGCAUUUUAUUUAUCUAUCCUGUUGAGAUAGAUGAAAUUAAAUCUUUCCCACUGAAAUCAGUGUAGCUGGAAAUUUCUUACUUUUGGCUUGAUUGUGCGCAGUUCUUAAAAAGAUGGAAGCCAUGUGGAUUAAAACUGCAGAUGGGAGCUCAAAUGAUGGAAAGGUCCCCCUACACACACACACACACACACAAUGACAGGAAGGGAAGGGAAGAAUUGAACCCUUCUCUUUGACAUCUAGUUUUCUAUAUAGAGGGAACUCUAUUGUAUGGAAGGAAAAAAACCCCAUAGAAGUCUGAGGUGGUACAGCCCAGAGACAAGCAUACUGUCUCAGUGAUAACAUGCCUACAGCUUCUAAUUUCUAGAAGAUUUCCGUUGCCCAGUCCUGGAAGCUACAAAGCACUGUACCAGAAAAAUGAAGACCCUCUACAUCCUCCUUCAAAUGCAAUGGAUUAUAUGGGAUUCCUUGUUCUUGGGCACUUGUGCCACUGUGGUGGUGCUGAUAGAGAUCACCCACUGUAGCUGAAUGCCAAUUUUGGGUCUAGCAGUAUUUGGAAGGCCGAAAAGUAUUCAUCAGCCAAAAAAGAUACCCACCUAAGCAUCACAAGAUGAUGGUGUCCUUUCACGAGAACAUGCAUGGCACCGUCCAAUAGGACAGCUCAUCCUCAGAUGCUUUCCCUACAAAGAGCUGUGUGAAACAGGGCUGUGUUCCUGCAGCAACUCUCUUUGAUAUAUUCUUCUCCCUGUUGCUCUCAUAUGGCUUCAACUGGACUGAAGACAGUGUGUACAUCCAUUCAACGAGUGGUGGUGGGGGGUCUGUUCAACUUAGCAUGUCUCCACAGCAAGACAAGUGUGAUGGUCCUUAUCUGAGAGAUGCAGUUUGCAGAUGAUAAUAAUCAUAAUUUAUUAUUUAUACCCCACCCAUCUGGCUGGGUUUCCCCAGUCACUCUGGGCGGCUUCCAACAGAAUAUUAAAAACACGAUAAAACAUCAAACAUUAAAAACUUCCCUAAACAGGGCUGCGUUCAGAUGUCUUCUCAAAGUCAGAUAGUUGUUUAUUUCCUUGACCUCUGAUGGGAGGGCGUUCCACAGGGCGGGCGCCACAACCGAGAAGGCCCUCUGCCUGGUUCCCUGUAACCUCACAUCUCGCAGUGAGGGAACCGCCAGAAGGCCCUCGGAGCUGGACCUCAGUGUCUGAGCUGAACGAUGGGGAUGGAGUCACUCCUUCAGUUAUACUGGGCCGAGGCCAUUUAGAGCUUCAAAGGUCAGCACCAAGACUUUGAACUGUGCUCGGAAACGUACUGGGAGCCAAUGUAGGUCUUUCAGGACCGGUGUUAUGUGGUCUCGGUGGCCACUCCCCAUCACCAGUCUGGCUGCCGCAUUCUAGCUGUAGUUUCCAGGUCACCUUUAUAGGUAGUCCCAUGUAGAGCGCAUUGCAGUAGUCCAAGCAGGAGAUAACAAGAGCAUGCACUGCUCAGUCUUGACAGCACACUCAGAGGAAGCUCUACAGAGACUCAUCGGUUGUUUCCCCAAGUCUUCAGGGAGUUCGGUGUUACCAUCAGCCUGACAAAGAUCAACGUCUUGGGUCAGGACAUCACCAGCACUCCACACAUCAGGAUUGGUGACCACACACUUGAGGUGGUAGACAAUUUUGUCUCCCUGGGUUCCACCAUAACCAGCAGCCUCUCCUUCGAUGCUGAUCCAGAAGAAGGCAGCUAUGGCAAUGGCUCACCUCUCCAAAGGAGUAUGGGAGAAUGUGAUGCUAAUGUCCAAUAUCAUGUUGAAGGUCUACUAGGCAUGUGUGUUUAGCACACUGCUUUAUGGAGGUGAGUCUCGAGCAGCUUGCAACCACCAGGAGCGAUGCCUCAGUGCUUUCCAUCAGGAAGAUUUUGGGCAUCACAUGGCAGGACAGAGUCUCAAACAGAAGUUUGUCCUCCCAGUCCCACAUUCUCAGCGCAUUUGCACUUCUGUCCCAUCAAUGUCUAUGCUCGCUUGGUCAUGUCCACAGAAUGGAAGAUGGCAGGAUCCCCAAAGUCUUGCUCCAUGGGCAGUUUGCUUCGGGCAUGUUGGCAGACCAACUCCACAUUACAAAGAUUUCAGCAAAUGUGACACGAAGGACACCUUCACCUGCCCCAGCUGCAACAGAACAUGUCUCUCCCGUAUCAGUCUCUAUAACCGCAGCAGGCACUGCAACCUUCCAACAGUUUGACUUCACUCCCAAAGGCACAAAUGGAUGCCCACAACAAGUAAUUGGAAGGAAGACAUAUUAUAGAGAGUGUUUCUUCAUUAUGCAAAGACAGAUAACACAUUCUUAAAUAGAUCUAAUAGAAAUAUUGCAUGGACCCCAUGGCUUUCUCUCUGCCAACUAAUAUUCUUGGGCAAUCCCUCCCUCAUGCCCCACUCCCAAGCAAAUGUGGCUUAUUGUAAAUCUUAGAUCCUGCAGUUUAGCUUCAUUCUCCACCCCUUGCUUAUACAGUGGUACCUCUGGUUAUGAACUUAAUUCGUUCUGGAGGUCUGUUCUUAACCUGAAACUGUUUUUAACCUGAAGCACCACUUUAGCUAAUGGGGCCUCCCGCUGCUGCCGCACCGCCGCUGCGCGAUUUCUGUUCUCAUCCUGAAGCAAAGUUCUUAACCCGAGGUACUAUUUCUGGGUUAGCGGAGUCUGUAACCUGAAGCGUGUGUAACCCGAGGUACCACUGUAUUCACAGAAUUGCUGCAGAUCUCUCUCCCUAUGUGUUUGCACACUAAAAUCUGUGCCUUUGUCUCUAGUUACAUACAGCACAUGGAUAACAGGUGAAAUUAAGCUCUACUGGUUAAAUUGGGCAUUGUGAGGGGAGAGCCAAGGAUUUAGGAGGAGUUUGCUGUUCCUAACUGCGAGGUGUGCAAUGCUAGCUUUUGGUGACUGUAUUGCAAAGGGGUUCUCAUUUUGCAAUCAGAGAAUGCUUAUGGUACAGUAAUAAUCAGGCACCCACAGAAGAAUCUGCUUGACUUCAUGGAAUAUACUGGACAGUAUAGAGCUGUGAUCAAAAAAUGGGAAGAUGCCGGAAUAGGAGAGCUACUGUGUAGUGGCUAGAAUGCUGGGAAAUAAAACUUGCAAUGCAAGCCCCAGUGCAACCAUUUAUUUAAAAAGCCCAAGGAACAAGAUUUUACUUCCUCUCUAAGACGCUUAUUCUUUGCAUGACUCAUUAAUUAAUUGACUGUUGGUUAUACUGAGGCAUGCAACAAGAAGAAAGUACUAUAGCUUCUGUUCCUUCUAUCCUGGUCUUCUAAGAACUCGGCACAAAGCAAGUUUUGAAUCUGGAAGCAUGUAUGUACUUUAUAUGGUGGUGGGGGAAUCUACAUUUUACACUCCUGUAUAGAGAAAAGAAGGUGUAUGCAAAUUAAAAUCAUUUGCAUGCAUGCGCUUAAUUUGUUGCAAGGUGGUAUUUUGAGUGCAAAAGUCAAGUUGUCACCUAAUUUAGGUUUGGGGGGAAUGCCCUGAUACAGUCAAAUGCAAAGAGGAAGGAAGGAGAAACCGCAAUGGCAAAGCAGAGACUUGGUGUCUUUUUUUUACAUAUGAUGUGUUUGCAGAUCUGGGUUUCCAACCACUGUGCACUCAGCAGGGACCCAGGGCUAGUCCUGGCUCUGUGCUGAAAACAUCUAUCUGGUACAUGGGUUUACAAACGAACGUUUUUUCCUGUUGACAUUUUUAUGUAUAGCUGUACAUUUUUGACAUGCCAUGUGUGUUCUACCUCCUGGGAGAAAUUCAUAUCGGAUCUAGACAGUCUGCCCAGAGCUCCUUGUGUCUUUUGAACCAUUUCUUCACAGUGACCAUGUGUUUUUUCGUGUCCUCUUCAAAAAGCCACAAUGCCUUGAGAAAGAAAACAGCAAGGGUUCUCCACAGAAUGUUGUAGCAGAUGCCAGAUUCCCUGCUGCCCAGUUGGCCAAACUACACACAUCCUGACUGUGUGUGUACCACAGCACUAGUUGUUUUCCCGUGCUUUUACACAAGGCUCAACAACAACACCGGAGUGUAUAAAUAUACGGAAAUCAUGAGGAGGCUUCAUGCUGUGUCCCUUCAGGUGACUGAUGACAGGAGAGGAUUUGGCAGUGUGCCCUUCUCCUGACAAGCUGCUGGCCCUUCUCCUGCCAAAUCUAGAACGCGGUUUGAUGCUCCACUGGUGCAUGGUUGUAGAGGUUAAGCUUCUGUGGUGAAACUCUUGUAAAGCCUCUUCAGGCAAGGAAUCCAUUUUUAAAAGGAACAACAUGUGGUGUCAAUGUCCUGGUGUGUCCCACGGAGGACCUUACGGUCUUCAGAUAAAAACAUCUUGGAGGUCCUGGGCCACAGGGAGGUUAGCUGGCCUCAACCAGAGCCAGGGCUUUUUCGGCUGUGGCCCUGAUCUGGUGGAACACUCUGUCACAAGAGACUAGGGCCCUGCGGGACUUGACAUCUUUCUGCAGGGCCUGCAAUACAGAGCUGUUCCACCAGGCCUUUGGCCAAGGCACAAUCUGACCCCCUCCUUCUGUAAUCCUCAUAGAACUCUAGCCCAAUGGUUGCCAUUAAUUUGAUUCAGAAUUGAUUUUAGAAUGAACUGAUUUUAGAAUGUAUUUCAAUUAAUUGAUUGUGAUUUUAUGUAAACUGUUACUUUUACUGUUGUUAGCUGCUCUGAGUCCGGCUUCGGCAGGGGAGGGCGGGAUAUAAAUAAAUUAUUAUUAUUAUUAUUAUUAUUAUUAUUAUUAUUAUUAUUAACAUGAUAAGCGAAAGGUGUAGAUGCUUCUGUAUUACACUCCAGAUAAGUGAAACACACCCAGAGCACAAAAGAUGCAUUUAGGUUGUUCCUUAAGCUGGGUGCUGAGGCUGAGGGACAUCUUGUGAGUCUAUGGCUGCUGUGAGAUUUUUUAAAAAAUUCUUUAUUUGGUUUUUCAAAUUAAAAUUUUACAGAGAUAUAUCAAACAUAAAUCAUACAAACAAGAUUCCAAGGAAUCUCCUGGAUUUCCAUCCUCCCCUUUGUGGGUCCUAUUAUUAAUCCUUUCCUCCCACAUCUUUUUAUGAUAAUCCCAAUCCUUUUGCUUCUUCCAUUAUGGUCAGAAUCAACCUUAAGCUACAAGUGAUAUUCCAAUCCUACUAAAGUGCUGUGAGAUUUUUAACUGGGGUCUUCCUGAGCGACACUACACACCACACCAGGAAAACCUGGACCAAUAAAUUGGUUUAAACCACUCAAGUCUGUGUGCAUGCCCACUGUGGAUCUCAGGUUUCUCUGAAACUUAAGGUGGUUGGGGAAGUACCAUUUUAAGAGAAGGGGCAGCAAUAUGCAGCACAAAAAACCCCCACCGGGCACCACGCACUGGUGUGGAUAGAAAACACUUGGGAGGCAUAAAAUUGAAAGCAAUCAAGGUUCACGAAUGCACAUGGAAUCAGUGACCCACAUAUUUAUGAAUGCCCAGCUGUGCAGAUGGCCUUCCUCUAUAAUCUAUUUCCUCUUCUUUUCUCUUGCCCUUCCCCCCGUGGAUGUCUUGCUGCCAUCCUAAAUCUAGCAUUGUGACCAGGGAGCUCUGCCGUUUACCUGCCAUUUUAUCUCCUUCCUCCCCAUAGCAUGCACUCCUCUUUUCACUGCAACCUCUUGCAGACGUCUGCCAUAUUCUGCUGCUACUGCUUUUUCAACUUCUCCAAAGAUCUGCCCCUGUCUUUCUUCUGCUUUCGCUAAACUUCCUGCUUGUGUCUUGGCAAUCUUUUGUCUCGAUGGAUGUGGGUCUCCCCCUGGUUUGUCCUCUAUCCUUUCGUCUAUCUCAUUCAUUUAUAGUGGUACCUUGGGUUAAGUACUUAAUUCGUUCCACAGGUCUGUUCUUAACCUGAAACUGUUCUUAACCUGAAGCACCACUUUAGCUAAUGGGGCCUCUCACUGCCGCUGCGCUGCCGGAUCACAAUUUCUGUUCUCAUCCUGAAGCAAAGUUCUUAACCCGAGGUACUAUUUCUGGGUUAGUGGAGUCUGUAACCUGAAGCGUAUGUAACCUGAACCGUAUGUAACCUGAAGUGUAUGUAACCCGAGGUACCACUGUACUUCUUAAUGCUUCUGUUUGAAGCUCAGCGAUCUUUCACUAAACAAGAUAUCUGCAUUACACACUUAAACUUUUUAAAAUGGUCAUUCCCCACCCAAAGCAAUCCUGGGAAGUGCAGUUCUCAGAGAUGGGUUACUAUGUUUUCCCAAGAGUCUUUUGGAGCAAGCCAUGAAACCGGAACAUAAAUGAUACGUGUUGUUGUGUAGUUUCCCUCUGACACUCUCUUCUCUUACUUUCCAGCUACAUUUCUCAGCUCCCUUUAUUACAGUUCUUGUGCCCUGCCACACUUCAUUAGAGGCCAUCUGAGCCUCUUGGGCUUGCCGAUCAGAAGGUCGGUGGUUCGAAUCCCCGCAAGGGAGUGACCUCCCAUUGCUCUGUCCCAGCUGCUGCCAACCUAGCAGUUCGAAAGCACACCAGCCCAAGUAGAUAAAUAGGUACCACUGCAGUGGGAAGGUAAAUUUAUCCAUCUCUCAAGUGUCUCACUUAAGUCUGAGUUCCUCAUCAGACUCUACUUCGGCAAAGUUAAACAUAAAGCUACAUUUUCUGUCAGCUAACCCUCCCCAAUUCCUGCUUCAAACCCAUCUUCACAGGAACUUGUCCAUGUUACUGUGUUUUUUUUGUUGAGAAUGUGAACUCAGAGGAUCCAUACAGUGUUCAGACAGUGUGGUUAGGGUGUUAGGACCUGUGAGAUCAGAGUUCAAAUAGUCACUCAGUCGUGAAGCUCCCUUGGUGAUCCUGAGAUGGUCACAGUACCUCAGACUUGCCUACGGUCUGACAAAGUUCUUGCGAGGAUAAAAUGGAGAGGGGGAUAGGCAUUCCUCCUUCCUUGAAGGAAAGAUGGGAUAUCCAUGUAAUAAUAAAAUGUUUUGGGUGUAGUGUGUGGAUUGCAGCUGAAUCCACACUUAUUGUACCCUGGUAAGUGCAUGAUAAUUCUUGGGAUGGUGAGACUCUGCUGGGAAAUGAAUUAUGUCAGUAUAUUUGCAUCAAAUCUCUCUGGGCUCUCUUCUUUCUUUGCACAGCAGAGUAAACGUUUGUUUUGUAUGGAUGAGGGGACAGGGUGGGGCAAAGCCAGCUGCUAUGCUCUUCUGGCAGCACCCAAGUCGGAAAUUUGCAUCCAGAGUCCUAGGACUCAUUUUGGGGUUUAGGUCCUUGAACAGAACAGCAAGCCUUUUAUGAAACCUGAGGGGAGUUUCAUAUAUGGUGCAGCAGGGAAGUCUGCUCUUUAGUCAGAAAGAAUAAAAAUGACAAAUCCACAGGCUUGAGAUGCACACAAAUGAGUUCUUUGGAUUCCAGCCAGGGAUUUGUUUACUGCAGGUAUCUAUAGGACGGGAAUAUUUAUAAAAUAGGUGGGCCACUUGCAGAUGUAGGAUUCUCUGCUUCCAGCCUUUUGCAGCAAGGUGGUCAGUCAGUUCAAGCUAGGAAUCCAAAAUGUGCUAACAAUCAGUGCACAUGAGUUAACCAAUCACAUUCCCCAUACUCCGGUGCACCAGAGAAACAGAGAUGCUACAGACUUAUGCCUGUGAUAUGCCCCUAGGCUUUAAAUAUAGAAGGCACUAGGGUCAAUCCCAGUUGAAAGGAUAUUUGGCAGUGGGGCUGGUAAAGAACCUUUAAGCCAGUCAGAAGUGACAGGACAGGGCUUAACCAACCAAUAGUGUCACUUAUUAUAAGGCAGCUCCUUACAUCAGUAUUUCUGCAUAAGAAAGGUGAGGGUUUGGAUCGUAACUGCAGAUGGAGCAAGAGAUUACAUUCACAGAACGAAGCCUUCCUGCCUUCCCUCUUCAGUUCCUUGUUCAUACAUCUCCCACCGACCACAAGUCUCUUCCUGGGAGCUGGGGGACCCUUGGAAAUGGUGGAUGAUACCUUGUAAGGGGAUGGAGACUUGGUGGAAAUCACAUUUCCCGCCCCCCCCCCCGUGUGAACAGAGGAGCUACUUAAGAUCCUGAAAGACCUACAUUAGCUCCCAGUACAUUUCUGAGCACAAUUCAAAGUGUUGGUGCUGACCUUUAAAGCCCUAAACGGCCUCAGCCUAGUAUACCUGAAGGAGCAUCUCCACCCCCAUCGUUCAGCCUGGACACUGAGGUCCAGCUCCUAGGGCCUUCUGGCAGUUCCCUCACUGCGAGAAGUGAGGUUACAGGGAACCAGGCAGAGGGCCUUCUCCGUGGAACGCCCUCCCAUCAGAUGUCAAGGAAAUAAACAACUAUCUGACUUUGAGAAACAGGUAGGUAGCUUUGUUGGUCUGCUGUAGUCAAAACAAACAAAAAACCCCAUUCUAGUAGCACCUUAGAGACCAACUAAGUUUGUUAUUGGUAUGAGCUUUUGUGUGCAUGCACACUUCUUCAGAUACACUAGGAAUCACAAGACAGAGAAACCAGUAGGAGAACACUUCAAUUUCCCAGGACAUUCUAUACAAGAUCUCAAAGUAGCUGUCUUAUUACAAAAGAAUUUCAUAAAUAGACUGGAAGAGAAGUUGCUGAAUUACAACUUGUUACCAAACUUAAAAUCAUGGAGAGACCUGGUCUGAAUAGAGACAUUGGAUUCUUAUCUCAUUAUACAUGGUAAAGCUAUUUUUAGCUCACCCCUUGCUUUUUCCUGUAAGACCAAUUGCAGUAUUAACAGUCGUCAACAGGUUUACCACACCUAGCAGCCAAUCACCCACUCCCACCACCCUUCUGAGUAAUACCCCUCCCCACCCUCUCACUAUAUAUAAGGGUCUGGUGACUUCUUUUUCAGUGUAUCUGAAGAAGUGUGCAUGCACACGAAAGCUCAUACCAAGAACAAACUUAGUUGGUCUGUAAGGUGCUACUGGAAGGAUUUUUUUAAAUUUUGUUUUGACUUUGAGAAGGCAUCCCUGUUUAGGGAGGUUUUUAAUGUUUGAUUUUUAAUGUGUUUUAAUAUUCCAUAGGGAGCCGCCCAGAGUGGUUGGGGAAACCAGCCAGAUGGGCAGGGUAUGAAUAAGAAUAAGAAUAAAAAUCCAAGCCAAUGAGGUUAAUAAUGUGUGGAAAGGAGAGAGACGGGCACAGAAACAGAGAAAGAAAGAAAGAAAGAAAGAAAGAAAAAGAAAGAAAGAAAGAAAGAAAGAAAGAUGACAUAACGAUGCAGAUCCUGCUUUGGACAAAUAUGUUUGUUUUGAAGUAUUCUGUGUAGGAUUCAUUUUCACAGUACAUUCUUAAGAAAACCAUAUUAGGGUUGCUAAGAACGUUUGUUUUAUUGUUCUUGUAAAUGAAAAGGAUAUAAACAUGGUCACAGCUCUCAGCGCCCUCCCAGACCGCACCAAUCCUUUGUUUUGGAAGACAGAGGGAGAAAGUGUCUCAAAAGAAUGGAUGUGCGCUAAUUCAGCAGGACUUAACUGAUCUUCCCCAAGAACAUAAAUAAUUUCUUCACUUUCUCUCCGAUUCCUGCGCAUGUAGAGAAUUAUAACUUGCAAGGGCCUCAUGGGUCAUUUAGCACAAGUCAUUGGCACAGAAGCAGGAAAUACUGUGCUCAAAACAUCCCUCUCAGAUCAGCUUACAUAAGAGAAAAAUGGCUUCCAUGAUCAGACCAUAGACAGAGAGCAGGAAGGAAUUUCUGUUGAAUUCCAGUAAGCAAGCACCCCAAACAUCAACUAAUGCUCCUUAGAGAAGAGUAUUUUUACCUGUCCGUAUAUCCUGUCUCACAUGGGAGUUGAUAAAUAGAACACACAUCCACAGAGGUAAUAUAGACCAGAGUGUAGACAGAGAAGACAGGUAAGGGUUUCUUUUCGAUCCCUUUUCACUCUUUUUCCUUAAGUCUGCAAGGAUUUUGGAAUAUAUUCUAUCCCCUCUCCAAAGAUUUGUUGAAUGAGGCCGUAUUUAGCCUAAUUACAAAUCAUAAGAUUUAUUUGUUUGUUUCUAACCUGCUCUUCACCACCUGGCCCCCGGUGGAACCACAACAUUAGAGCAGCAAGACAUCAAUAAAAAAUAGAUACAGAUAUAGAUAUAAUAAUGAAAACAUCCUAUGACAUCUUCAAAAUGCAUAAAGGUAAAGGGACCCCUGACCAUUAGGUCCAGUCGUGACCGACUCGGGUUGCGGCGCUCAUCUCGCUUUAUUGGCCAAGGGAGCUGGCGUACAGCUUCCGGGUCAUGUGGCCAGCAUGACUAAGCCACUUCUGGCGAACCAGAGCAGCACACGGAAACACCAUUUACCUUCCCGCUGGAGUGGUACCUAUUUAUCUACUUGCACUUUGACGUGCUUUCGAACUGCUAGGUUGGCAGGAGCAGGGACCGAGCAACGGGAGUUCAUCCCGUCGUGGGGAUUCGAAUCGCCGACCUUCUGAUUGGCAAGUCCUUGGUUCUGUGGUUUAACCCACAGCGCCACCCGCGUCCUUCAAAAUGCAUAAAUGCAGGCAAAAAACGAAAACAGCUGCAAACGAAGUGGCUCAUUAUCAUUUUCACGACCUGGGGAAUGAGGUGUAGGUUCACUAACAAAAAAUCGUCAAUGGCUUUCCAAGGCGGGGUGCAGAAUCUUUUCUGGUUAGUGGUCAGACACUCAUCUCCCCACACCUGGAGGGCCACCUAUCACCUGGCAUCACAGUGACUUCAGGUGAUGCUGUGCUUUGAAGCCCCGACCACCAGGACUUCAAAGCACAGUGAAGACUGUUUGCGAAAGGGCUUUCAAACAGCUUGCACAGCUGUUUGAGCUUCCUAGCAGGGAACAGGUGAAUGCAGCCAAACUGAGCAGGAUUAAACCCACCGCUCAUCAGCUGAUGAGUGGAGGGUUCAAUUCUGCUGGCUGCAAGGCUCUUCUACUCUGUAGGAAACACACUGGCAAAGCAGACCACAGCAGAGUUGAACCCUGCCCUCCCAACCACUGGGUAUGCUUUUUGGGUAGACAACUCUUUUUUGUUUGCCACUCCCCGCUGCCUUGCUCUCCCUUCAUUCUAUCUGUCAAAAAGCAGUGUUCUAUACACAGAGUCAUUCUCACAUCUCAGGUAAGUGUGCCCAUCAGCACUUUUCACCUCGAUUAGUUGCCACAUUGAGACAAAACUGCAAAUGGAAGGCUAACAAUUGCAGCAGAAACCCACAACAAAACAUUCAAGCCAUGGGUCAUAAUCUAUUUUACAAAGGUGGUGAUCUUGAUGCAUACCUCUGUCCAAUUCUUUUCAAAGACGUUUGCUGUUCAGAUGGGACUGACACUUAACAUUUUCGCCAACUUGGUAUCUUGCCAUUGCAUUCCUAAACCAUACUCUAACGCAGGGGUAGGCAACCUAAGGCCCAGUGGCCGGAUGCGGCCCAAUCGCUUUCUCAAUCCGGCCCGCAGACGGGAAUGUGUCCUUUUAUUUAAAAUGCAUCUCUGGGUUAUUUGUGGGGCCUGCCUGGUGUUUUUACAUGAGUAGAAUGUGUGCUUUUAUUUAAAAUGCAUCUCUGGGUUAUUUGUGGGGCCUAGGAAUUUGCUCAUAUUUUCCCCAAAAAAUAUAGUCCAGCCCACCACAUGGUAUGAGGGACGGUGGACUGGCCUAUGGCUGAAAAAGGUUGCUGACCCUCUAAUGUUUAACCCCCCCCAAUUGUCCAUGAUUCUUUAAAGCUACUGUUGCCACAAACACAGGGAAAUGCUAGAACAUUCAGUAGUUUUGACAUGUGCUUGUCAUAGCCCGUGAGCAAUGCAAUAUAGAUUUAAAAGAUAAAGCAUUUUGAUGCAUGUCUAUACUUAAGUCUCAGAACAUCUUGCUUGCAUUGGGGAAUGCCCUCACAAUGGUUUGAUCAGUUUCAUAGGCACUGAAUGUACCCUGAUCAGGAAGAAGGCAUGAGCAUGGGGGAGACUUCUUCUUAGCAUGCAACAGCACACACCUGCCCAAUGUCAUCAAAGGAGGUGGGGUACUGUGGGGUUUAAUGUGCUGCGACAUGGCUGGCAAAUUGCAGCGUGGACACCUUGUGCCAAAGGUCAGACAGCUUGUCGCAUACAUGGACAGGAACAGGAAGGUAGCUGCUUAAGGUCAAGUCUCCUUGCCUUUUAACUUCUGUACUCUGCAGUUCAAUGGAGGAACAACCAACUCCAAGGCGGAAGGGAAUGCACUGUGGGGUGCAUAAGUGUCAGGGACUGGGCAGAGGAGAAAUGGUGGAGACUUCCAUAUUUUUCGCUCUAUAAGACACACCAGACCACAAGACGCACAUAGUUUUUGGAGGAGGAAAACAAGAAAAAAAAUAUUCUGAAUCUCAGAAACCACAACAGCAAGAGGGAUCGCUGCACAGUAAAAGCAGCAAUCCCUCUUGCUGUUCUGGCUUCUGUGAUAGCUGUGCAGCCUGCAUUCGCUCCAUAAGACGCACACACAUUUCCCCUUACUUUUUAGGAGGAAAAAAGUGAGUCUUAUAGAGUGAGUCUUAUAGUCUUAUAGAGCAAAAAAUAUGGUACUUCCCCAGCCUGACCCUUCCAGAGAAGACAGCUCAGAGGCAGAUGAGGGGGAAAGCUGGGAAAUAACCUCUCUUUUUGAGGAGUUGAUGGGAGUUUGUUCUUUUCCCCCCAGGCCAUGCACCCUUGCUCAAAAGAGCCUGGCUUUGUCCUCAAAUAAGAUGCAGAGGCAUAAGAGAGAGAGAAAAUGCAUUUGGAUCACCUGGAUCUAACCUGAGACAAACAGGGUUGGCUGUUGUACUUCUGGGCCAGUUCACACAGUUCUGGCAUGGCAGCAUUGUGCUCGUUUUUAUCCAGGGUAAAUUGGCCAUAUUAUUGCUGUAUCAUAAGCAUAGAUCAGCAGUAAACUCCCGUGGAGUUUUUCCUACAAUACUGGGAAUGCUGGCAAUCAUUGCAAAAUGGAGAGCGUGCAGAUGGCUGCUUUGCCAAAGGCAAAUGGAGGAAUGCAAGCACAACAAGCUGGAAAUAUAUCCCUGCAGGUCGCAAUGGCUGUGUCAAUUGACCCUCCACCUGAUGAGUAGUGUUCUUGAGAUGUAGUCCUUUGCCUUCCUGGGAGGCUAAGGUGGAAGAACAUUGAGAAUGUCCUCACAUUUUUCACACCCAGAAGCCAGCUUUAACCCCAACCUACAGCAUGAGAAGGGACGCGGGUGGCAUUGUGGUUUAAACCACAGAGCCUAGGGCUUGCCGAUCAGAAGGUCGGCAGUUCAAAUCCCCGCGACGGGGUGAGCUCCCAUUGUUCGGUCGCAGCUCCUGCCAACCUAGCAGUUCGAAAGCCCAUCAAAGUGCAAGUAGAUAAAUAGGUACCAUUCCGGCGGGAAGGUAAACGGUGUUUCUGUGCACUACUCUCGUUCACCAGAAGCAGCUUAGUCAUGCUGGCCACAUGACCUGGAAGCUGUCUGUGGACAAACGCCAGCUCCCUUGGCCUAUAGAGUGAGAUGCACGCAAAACCCCAGAGUCAUCUACGACUGGACCUAAUGGUCAGGGCUACCUUUACCUUUACCUUUUACAGAAUGAGAUCAGCUUCUCUUUUGUUCCCUGCCACAUAUGUCUGCCUUUCUCUCCUCAUUGUAUAACCUGAGAGAUAAAACUGCACUCAAGUCACUGGUAUGUUCCAUCGUGUCCCACUUUGGGGUCUCCAACUCCCUCCAAUGAAGACCAAUGGAUUAAAGGAUAUUAAGAAAAAUCAUAGAGAGACUUAACCCCAAAGCUCUAUCCCACCACGAUCAUAAGAUGAUUUCAGAAGCUACAUUCAAUAUUGUUUGGCCAGGGAUGGAGAUGUGCUCUGGUGCGCUCAAAUGUGCUCUGGGAAUUCUAUUCAUAGAACCUUGAAUAAAAGACUCCAGCAAGUCUCCAGAAAAUGUGAGGCACAGUAGUUUUUCACAGGCAUUUGAAUAAUUACCAGGUCACUGGGAGUUCAGCUGUCAUGUACUUCUCCAGACGAGUUGGUCUCUCUGACAAACUGAUUUCUAAACAAAUUAUUGAUAGUGAUGGCAACUGAACUGCAGGGCUUCUUGUGUGGAGGCUCUGAACCUGACCAAGACAAUGUGCUGCAUUGACAGAGUCCAUUAAGGCGCACUGUCCUCUUGGUCAUAUCCCUGAGGCUGCGCUGAGUCGAAGGCCAUUCUCUGGGGAUGGUGGGGAUUGUCUGAAAGUGCCGUGCGACGUUAACACUUCUCUUCUGCCUUCUUUUCUGAUGGUAUUGUUACCUAGGUAUCACAGCCAAACAAAACCACCUAGUUCCCGUUGGCUGACAAAGGCUAUGAAUGACACACCAUACAUUUCCCACAUUUGUCAGCAGUGUCCUGGCAGAAAUCGGGACAAAUAUCCAGGACAAUCUGGACAUAUGGCAGCCCAUGUCGGCAGUGCUGAUUUUGCCAAUUUCCCCUUAAAAUAGCUCUUUGGGCAAAGCUCAACAAUUUGGCCCCCCAAAUAGCUUUUCUUUCCGGAUUUUCACUGUUUGAAAUAUGGCAACCCUAUUGUAUUUUUAUUUUUUAAAUAUUUUUUAGGGACAUGGGUGGUGCUAUGGUCUAAACCACAGAACCUAGGGCUUGCCGAUCAGAUGGUCAGCGGUUUGAAUCCCCGUGACGGAGUGAGCUCCCGUUGUUCGGUCCUAGCUCCUGCCAACCUAGCAGUUCGAAAGCAUGCCAGUGCAAGUAGAUAAAUAGGUCCCGCUGCGGCGGGAAGGUAAACGGUGUUUCCACGCGCUUUGGUUUCCGUCACGGUGUUCCAUUGCACCAGAAGCAGUUUGGUCAUGCUGGCCACGUGACCCAGAAAGCUGUCUGUGGACAAACGCCAGCUCCUUUGGCCUGAAAGUGAGAUGAGUGCCGCAACCCCAUAGUUGUCUUUGACUGGACUUAACCAUCCAGGGUUCCUUUACCUUUACCUUUUUUACCUUUAUAGCCCUCCUAACUCCUUCCCAAAGCUGGGCAAGCAGUAACUAGGCUUUGGGAAGGAUGAGUCAUCGUGCCUCCUUCCUGAAACAAGCACUUACUACUCCUGAAAAAAAGCACUUGACUCCUGUGCCCUGUGCAGGAGAAUCAGUCACGUUGCCCUAAAUCUGCCUCUGCAGCCAUGACCGCUCUCCAUAGUUGCCUGUAUCUCCAGACAUAACUGAGAUGUUGGAUGAUGAAGGGGAGAUGCUUCUGUCUGGCAACCUGAGAUGCUUGCGCAGAUGGAACAAUUGGUAGAGUGCGACAUUUAAUUCCAGGCAGAUGAAACUACUUGCUCCAGAAACAGAUACCGGGACCAAGCAGAUUUCAAGACAUCUUAUAAAAAAAAUUGGAGGCCUAAAUAGUUUAGAAGCUAAGAAUGCUGUACAACAGGGCACAGACAUAACUGUCAGAUAGCUUGCUAAGGGGAGGAAUGACCUUCAGGGCAUACUGAUUUGCGUCCAAGGCCUUGUUAGGACUCCUGAACCCAGCAAACGGUGCAGUCAUCUGCUUGCAACAGAAGGCUGUUGUGUCUUCUCUGAAAUCAGUUUCGCUGUUAAAUUGGUUUGUACAAAGGGGGACUGCCUGCCCUUGAAAUAUGGAUUAAGUGCCACUCCAUGCAAGUUGUCUAAUCUAAAUAGAGCUAGGUCAUUUAAAAUUGCAUCCAAGUUUGGGUUUAGAGUUUGCAGCUGCAAAGCAUAAGUUAGUGACUUUCAAUCCCCAGUAGUUGAUAGUGUCCCUUAUUUAUAUAUAGAUAGAUAGAUAGAUAGAUAGUGCCUUUUAAGUGUUCGGUGGACUUCAUUUAUGUCGGCAAUCCUAUAGCACAGUGGUUUUCAACCAGUGUGCCGUGGCACCCUGGGGUGUCUUGAAUGAUGGUCAGGGGUGCCGUGGGCAACACUGACCUCUGUCCCUGUUUUCUUCCCUCUCUCCUCUGAUGCCCUCUCAUGUCUCUGCCUCACAAAGGCUUGCACAGCUGCUGGUUGCAGCAGCUACAAGCUUCCCAGGUGAAUGGUGCCUAUGGGGCUGGCCAGGUGGUGCUUCCCAUGCCCCUGUGGGGGCAACUCAAGAGACCAGGGGCAGCAGCUGCGGGUGCCCAGAGGAGUCUGAGGGACCACUCCACAAGCAAGUGUGUUUGGAAAAGGGUGAGAGGCCGCCAUCUCUGCAGGCAAGGGGUGACAUAACUGGGCCCCUGAGCCCCACAGGGCUGCCGCAGAAAGAAUGUACAGUGGUACCUCGGGUUAAGUACUUAAUUUGUUCCAGAGGUCCGUUCUUAACUUGAAACUGUUCUUAACCUGAAGCACCACUUCAGCUAAUGGGGCUUUCUGCUGCUGCCGCACCGCCAGACCAUGAUUUCUGUUCUCAUCCUGAAGCAAAGUUCUUAACCUGAAGCACUAUUUCUGGGUUAGCAGAGUCUGUAACCUAAAGCGUAUGUAACCUGAAGUGUAUGUAACCUGAGGUAUCACUGUAGUUGGUCAAGGGAGCCGGGACCCAAAAAGAUUGAAAACUUCUAACUUAGCAAAUAAAUGGAAUUAGAACUGCGAAGCUUUGGCAGGAUCUGGUACAAGCUCUGGGUUGCUACCAGAGUAUGGACAGUUGUGGCCAGGCUAUCGUGAUUUAGGCUGUCCCUGGAAUUGGGGUACCAUCUUAAGUUGGUGAAAAGUACUUUGUGUCAUGGAUGCUAUACGGGUCUCAAAAGACAAGGCCGGAGCUGGAUAUUAAUUGGAAAUUUCUUUUGUGAGCAAGCAGUAUAUAAUUGUUAUUAAUAACCAAUGUCCUAAAUAAACAGGCACCACUUCUAGGUGGUGAAUCUGAUUUUUUGGGUGCACUUCAACCUCCUCCAAAACAGGUUGCACCAGUAAUGCCUCCAUCUUGCCUGGACUGAGCUUCCAUUUGUUGGCUCUCAGCCAGUCUGGUACUGAUUUCAGACAUCGAUUCAGCACUUCCACAGCUUUGCCCGCAUCUGAAUAAAAGGAGAUAAGCACAUGCUUAACUCCCCAUUGAAAUCAAUCUGACUUAAUUGGCUUAACAUUGACUGGAUAAUGCUCAUUGAAUAGAGAGGCACAAGGGGAAAGGGCAGUUUAGCACACAUCCUCUUUUCUAAGAAAGAUUCCAAUAAACCAUUCCACUCCUUUUUGAUAUGUCGUAGACAACAUUCUAUUUUACUCCUCUCUGUGUUGUUGAACAUGGUAUUUUUUUGUUUUGUUUGGAGUACAAUGGAGCCAAUGCAUGAUCAAUACCUGUGAGAGGUGAUAGAUAACCAUGUGAUUAAUCACUAAACAGAGACACAUUUAUCACCUAUAUUUGGUUGCGUCAGCUUCUUCUUGUCCAGUAAAUCCUGCCCCAUUUAGAUGUGCUUCAACCAACCACAGUCACCAGAGUUAGCCCAGAGAAAUAUGCCUUCAUUUUUAGUAAAGUGUCUCAAGUGCCUCAAAGAAUUUUCAGACACACAACUGACCAGAACAGAUAGAUCCCACCUGCUUCUAAGACACACAAGAGUGAGAACUUUGGAUACCUGUCCCUAUUUACUGAUAUGUCUAGAUGUUAUCGAAAACCCAUUAAGCAUGGUUGAGAUAUGCGCCACCACAGUUGCAGAUUUUGGAGGUUAAAGGGCAGCAAACUGGAAAUAGGUUCUUAUAGGUUUGUCUUCACAGCAGGGGUGGGGAACAGGAUCCAUGUGGCAGACCAUAUCCUUUCCCCCCCCAUUCCCCCCCAUAUCCUUUCCCCCCACUGACUCUGGUCAGUGACCGAAAUGAACCAAUUGUCAGGCUUCAGGGAAUUGGCUUCCUUCCCCCAUGGCAGUAGAUAAGAAGAUCAAAGAAAGGAAUGUCUUACAAGUUAGAAAUUUUAAUAACCAGAGUGAGAGACCAAAGAACACAUCUCCUAGAAAUGGUGGCGCUCCCAAUUAAUGGUCACUCCCUCCCCCGUCCCUAUUAAUCUACGUCACUCCUAUGUCUUGUAAUCCGAAUUUGUAUCAUCUGUGUCUCUGUUCCGACACUUUCUGAGCUCUUCUUGACCUUGGGCUGAGCGGAGGAAUCCUGUCCAGAAACUGUGAAUCUGUUAACUCUCUCUCCUGGCGUUUCUUCUGCUAGCUGUUCCCCAUCCAGUAUUUCCCAGCUUUUGCCUUCUGAACUAUGUCCCUCUGCAAACCACUGUUCCAAAUCUAUACUGUCCUCCUGCUCCUGGGAAGAUUCCGGAUCCAGAUACGGAGCAGGGGGAGGGGGAGGCUCCCACCAUUCCUUCUCAGUGCAGCCCUCCUCAACACAGUCCCUGUCAUUGAUUCAAAUUCCCCCCAUCAGGGGCGAUACAUAUCUAUUCAGUGCAAUCGCGCACACAGAUACUAUGCAAGGUAUGUGUUGAGGGUCUGGGAUGCUUUCUAAAGAUAUUGUGUCCAUCAGCUGUCACUCCCCUGGUGCUUCUUCCUCCUCCUCCUCUCCCAGUCUAGCUGCUGCAUUCUGGUUUAGUUGUAGUUUCCAGGUCAUCUUCAAAGGUAGCCCCACGUAGAGCACCUUGCAGUAGUCCAAGUGGGAGAUAACCAGAGCAUGCACCACUCUGGCAAGACAGUCUGUGGGCAGGUAUCAUGCAGUUAGGUUUGUUGACAUCAUCCUAACCUCACUGAAGGAAAAAGGAUAUACAGUGGUACCUCGGGUUACAUACGCUUCAGGUUACAUACACUUCAGGUUACAGACUCCACUAACCCAGAAAUAAUACCUCGGGUUAAGAACUUUGCUUCAGGAUGAGAACAGAAAUUGUGCGGAGGCGGCAUGGCGGCAGUGGGAGGCCCCAUUAGCUAAAGUGGUGCUUCAGGUUUCAGGUUAAGAACCUCCAGAACGAAUUAAGUACUUAACCUGAAGUACCACUGUACAUAUAGAAUUAUGAAUAAUUGGCAUUGACCCCUUACAAAAAUGAUUCAUAAUUCUAUAUGUAUAUCCUUUUUCCUCUUCCUUUCCUAUAUAUAUAUAUAUAUAUAUAUAUAUAUAUAUAUAUAUAUAUAUAAGAUCUAUACUCAAGGGACACGUGGCUUAAUAUUUAAGAGAGAAUUAAGCACCCCACAGUUCCUGGUGACCCAGGUAUAGACCUUUCACCUAUUGGACAGAGCAGACUCCCUCUCCUCCCCUUAACAUAGAUAUUGGCAGAGACUGGCAGGUUUCAUUACAGAACGGUAGCACCUGUGUGAUUUCCGUAGUAAAUUGUAAGCCAGUCGCAGGACAAUUGCAAAUUAACUGCACUACAAUGGCUGUCAAAGCACUUUACAAACUUGCCUGCCUUGCAGAAACAGCCAUCACAUUAGGGACGGGAGGCUUUCUUUGCCAAGCCAUGGCUUUGCAAGACUGCACAUUCAUUAAAGUCCAUUUUGGAUGCUUUGCUGGCUCAGAUUUUAAUAGCACAUGCUCACCUAUUUUUCAGGUGCUUUUGAACUGCUUGACACUUUCAUCAUGCCCAAUUAGGAUAUAUCCUCUCCGUUUGAUCGGGUGACAAUGUAAUGACCAUUUCAUGGUGAAUGUUUUCUUUUCUGCUUUUGAGAGACUGACAGAAGCUAAAGGGAGGCAGGAUAAAUCUUGCCCCCAGGUAAGGUAAGCAUGUAAUCAUAUUUGCUGCAGUUGGAGAGCUCCCGAAAGCAGGAAUUGGCUCAGCACCUGACAGUAAGCACUGGUGGCUGCUGUAAAGGGUUUGAUUUCAAUAUCAAAUGAAUGCAUAUGUAGAAGCAGGAAGAGAAAGGAUGCUGGCAAACAGAAUAGGAAGAAAUGCUGUAGAUUCUUUCAAUUUUUGAAUAUCUAUUUUUUUAAAAAAUAAAUAUUUAUUUGGUUUUUCAGAUUAAAAAUUUACAGCCACAUGUCCAACAUACAACAUAAAAACCAGAUUCUUGCACUUAACUCCUCCCCUUUGUGGGUCCUAUUGUUAAUCAUUUCCUCCUGCAUCUUUUAUAAUAAUCCAAAUAUUUAAUUUUGGUCUCCCCAAUUUCUGAUUCUUCUGGUCGUUCUAGCCAUUUCUGCAUAGUCCAUCAACUUGAUCUGCCCUUCUUCUCUGGUAGGGAUUUUAUCUUCUUUCCUUCUCUGGGCCAUUUCUGAAUAUCUAGGAAAGGGUGAUGAAGGGCACAACAUACUUGAAACGAUUCUGCACAAGCCCUUUUUGAUAUGAAUUGGAGCUACCUUUGAGGUGACCCGGAAACUACAACUAAUCCAGAAUGCGGCAGCUAGACUGGUGACUGGGAGUGGCCACCAGGACCGUAUAACACCGGUCCUGAAAGACCUAUAUUGGCUCCCAGUAUGUUUCUGAGCACAAUUCAAAGUGGUGGUGCUGGUUAUAUCUACCUUAUUGAUGGAAGGACAGUUCUGGAUCUAGCCUACUAUAGGAAGCAAGAGUGCAUACUUAACAAACCUUUUAAUUUCUUAGGUUUUCUGCCUAGACCUGGUGUAGUAAGACGUACUGAAUAUAUACCUAACUGUGGAGCUUUUCUGCCAUUUUUAAAAACUGUUAUGAAUCAACACAGUUGAUCUCUCAGUAAAUCAAAAGGAAAGAGAAGGGAACAGUGUCAUACGGGUCUUCCAGUUUGUUCCAUGUUCUCAUGACAGGCUCAUGUGAAGGGCAAAGAAUGAUUGCCUCAGCAAAAGGCAGGUUGGGCAGCUGCAAAUAUUGCGAUGGGUGGAUGGACAGAAAGCUAAUACUGUAUUUUCUGUAAUGCAUAACCUGGACUGGGAAGAACAAGAUGUCUCCCUUGGCAAAUAUCUGCACCUCCUUAGGGAGGCUCACUUCCCACCAAUGUCAGCUAUGGCAAGUGGUUAGCAGAUCUUGGCUGGAAAAAUCAAAUUUUCAUAGUAAGUCUGGGUCAAGGGAUUCUGUAACAAAUCAGUUAACUCCUAUUAAGAUUCGUAUUGUAAAGGAUGUGUGGAAAAAAUCUAGGCACACCCAACACUAUCGAUUUCUAUAUACAGUGGUACCUUGGUUCCCAAAUGGCUUAGCUCCCGAACAAAUCAGCUCCUGAACGCUGCAAAGUGAAUGUUCUGGUUUGCGAAAGUUUUUCGGAAGCCAAACGUCCGACAUGGCUUCCACAGUUUCUGAUUGAGUACAGGAAGCUCCUGCAGCCAAUCGGAAGCCGCUCCUUGGCUUGGUUUUUGAACCGUUUCGAGAGUCGAACAGACUCCCGGAACGGAUUAAGUUGAAGAAACAAGGUACCACUGUAUGGGGAUUAGUUUUUUCCAGAGAUGGUAUCUUAACCCUUCCUGCAUAUUCCCAAAUCUUUGACCUCUGUAAGAAAGGCCUGGUUGUUGAACCCAGUCUACAUUUUUAAUAAUUUUGAUUACAGUACAGUCAUACCUUGGGUUGAACGUGCUUCAGGAUGAGCGCGUUCGAGUUGUGCUCUGUGGCAACCCAGAAGUAACAGAGCGCGUUACUUCCGGGUUUCGACGCUUGCACAUGCGCAGACGCUCAAAAUGACGUCACGCGCAUGCGCAGAAGCGCCAAAAAGCGACGCACGUAUGCGCAGACGUGCUGUCGCUAGUUACGUUUGCUUCUAUAUGUGAAUGGGGCUCCAGAACGGAUCCCGUUCACAUCUAGAGGUACCACUGUAUAUAUAAUUUAAAUGGCAGCAACACACCUAUUCUUAUUCUUAUCCGGAAGAAAUGUAUUCAUGUGAGAAAUCAGUGGAGAAGCAAGACUGUUUAAAACCAAGCUACAGUAUAUACAAACGUUUGAAGCACAUGGCUGGCCAAACUUAAUAGUGAUCACAGUUGCUUUGCAAGGCUGAACUUGGUGCAGGAGGGAAAUUGCUCACCUGCGUUCUAAGUUGUUUGAAUAGGCUGAACAUUUGGCAAUGCAAACACCUCUGUCUGGCCCAGUUUUCCGUGCAGGUGGACUGUUCAAAUGAUAGCUCCCUAGUUUCGGAGCAGUCUUUUCUGUGGAUAUUAUACAACUGGCUUAACCUGUCUUACUUCUGUCCCUGAAGUAGACGUGGCAUUUAUUUAACCUUCAGGCCCACCGUUGCCUACAUAUUGGCAAUUUGCAGUAUGUUUUUAGAGCAGUCAUUUUUACUGACUUCAAGCCUGAUACGUGGAAUAACAUGACUUGGCACUGUUUCAGUUUGUUUUUCGUCUUCAGGUGCUAGAAAUGAUAGCCGCACUGAAUAUUCUCCAGUUUUAAUUUUCACUAGCAGUUUCAGUGGGUUGGAAUUUGUUUGCUUCCCGAUACUUAAGAUUGUACAGAUAUUUCCUUUUUAAAAAACUUGUUUGUUAUUAUUUUGUCUUCUGGCUGUUUAUCUUUUCCAGGAAUAGUCACAUAGGUGAUCUCACCCAAGCAAUGAUCAUGUGGUGGAUGGGCCGACAUAAAUCAUGUAGGACUAUAUGAUGACACAAUUGAGAAUAAAUUAAUAAGGGAAGCUUUUUUCCAGAAAGUGAUGAAAAACUAGUUACUUUUUUCUUAACAUCAUUCUCAUCAAUGCUGUGUGGGGUAAUGGUCAUGGCCUCUCUUAGUGGGUUGUUUUAAAUAUUUUAAAUAUUUAUAGUCUUAAUUUUAUAUGUACUGUAUCGAAAUGGCUUUAGGCAAUCCUAAAAUGAAGGUGUAUAGAUUCUGAAAAUAUGGGGUCAAAAUGGUGUUGGAGAAGUCAAGCUUGCUCUAGAUUCAAACCUAAGUUUGCUGGGUUGAUUUCUGUAGGACAACCUCCCCCUGUUUGAUUCACUCUAGUGGUUUGGGACUAUAGCUCUAGGGCAUACUGAUUUUUUCAACUUUCAAAUUACAAAAAUGAAGGGUGUUAAAAAGUUGCAGCAUGACUUGGGAAUUCAAAAUAUAUUUUGGUUAAAUGACUAUACAUUAGUUUUUCUUGUGUGCAAAACUGCAUAGAAAUCAUUUAAAAUGAUUGCCAAGUAUUUGCAGUUAUAUUAUAUAUAAUUACAAUCAUAAUUAUUUACUAUUUAGCACUGCCUGACAUUUUCAGAAGGUAAAAUUAAAAUUCUUUGGUUUUCUGAAAGAAGUUUAAGUGCUUCUUCAUCAAGUGUAUACAUACCAAGCUAAAUGUUGUCCAAUCACAAAAAUAACAGUAAUUUCCUCACACACCCCCAAAAUAUUUUUAAGACCCCUCGCUAAAGAAAUUAGCAAAAACUAAGUUUCACCCUCUAAAACAGGGGUCGGUCCAGGGGGUCGGUCCACUGUCCCUCAGACCUUGUGGGGGGGGGGCAGACUAUAUUUUGGAGGGAAAAAAUGAACAAAUUCCUAUGCCCCACAAAUAACCCAGAGAUGCAUUCUAAAUAAAAGCAUACAUUCUACUCAUGUAAAAACACGCUGAUUCCCGGACCAUCCGUGGGCCAGACUGAGAAGGCGAUUGGGACACAUCCAGCCCCCAGGCCUUAGUUUGCCUACCCAUGCUCUAAAAUGACAUACCCUAUGUAUAGCUCCCAUCAGCCCCAAGCCAUCCCUGGUCAAAGACCAAAUAUAAUGGAAAUUGUAGCUCAAACUUUAUGGAGGAUACCAGGUUAAGAAGGCUGCAGUGCUAUUUUUUCUAGAAAAAAUAGGUGCUGGAAUUCUCCUUGUUCUCUUAUAAUGACAACGGUGUCAUUUGAAUCCUCAUGACUGAGUGAGCUCCCGUUGCUCUGUCCCAGCUCUUGCCAACCUAGCAGUUCGAAAGCAUGCCAGUGCAAGUAGAUAAAUAGGUACUGUUGUGACGGGAAGGUAAACAGCAUUUCUGUGCACUCUGGUUUCCACCAUGGUGUUCCAUUGCACCAGAAGCGGUUUAGUUAUGCUGGCCACAUGACCUGGAAAGCUGUCUGUGGACAAUCGCCUGCUCCCUCGGCCUGAAAGUGAGUUGAGUGCCACAGCCCCAUAGUCGCCUUUGACUGGACUGAACUGUCCAGGGGUCCUUUACCUUUUACAACAACAACAGUCUAUACCAGGGGUCAGCAAAGUUUUUGUGGCUUGGGCUAGUUCAUGGUCCCACAGACGCCGUGGUGGGCUGGAGUGUGCACGCACGCAAGCAAGCAAGUGCAAACGCUAUUUCCGGCGCUCCUUCCGGCGUGGAGGAGGCGUGUGCAGCUUCCCAUUGGCUGCAGGAGCUUCCUGCAGCCUGUUGGGAAUCUGCAUAUGUGCAGCUACACACACAGUGUCAAUUAGGGUUUGGCCAACAGCCAAGGCAAUGUGAAGGAGUAAGUCUGCCGGGUGAUACAGAGGCAUGGAGACAGCUCCAUGACUAGUCAAGCUCUCUCACGGGAAUAAUGAUUAAUGGCCUACUAACUGGAAUGUGUGUUAGUACGAGUACGAGUUUGAGUGUAGGAGUUGUGAGUCGUGUAUGAGAGAGCUAGUCAAAGAUCCGUGUUCUGUUCUGUUCCUGUAAAUAGUCCACUGUAUAUAAUAAACACCUAACUACAAGUUCCUGGUUCCUGCUUCGUCCAUCCUGUCUGCAGCCAAGUUGCCAAUUGCUUUCGUGAACUCUGCGUUUACUCUGCUAGGUCUGCCUAAGGUCCUGCAACUAGUCAGAAAGUUGUGAAACACCAAUAGGUUUUGCCAAUAUAGCCAAUGGGAAGCUGGCCAGUGUCGCAGAAGGUGGUCCCCGCUCUGCUCCGUGCCGGUUUAGUGUGGCGCACGGGAUCCAACCGAGCAGGUGGCAGGGGUCCAUGGGCUGGUUAAACGAUCCCCAUGGGCUGCUUGUGGCCCAUGGGCUUUAGGUUGCCGACCCCUGGUCUAUACCACCCUUCAUCCGAAGAUCAUAGGGUAAUUUACAUAUAAAAACAAUAAUACAUACCACAAUAACAAUCAAAAAGAAAACACCACACACAGAGUUGUAGUAAUUCUGUUGCGGUGAAUCAUUGAACCCUAAAUCUAAACAAUAAUGCCUCCAAAACUGGAAGUACUUUAUGCCUUUAUUCCUUCCUUUUUCUUGAACUCUGAGCAGUGCUUUAGUAUGCUCAGCAGGUAUUGUGGGAAGCAGGUAUAGAGGAACCACACAUGACCUUCAGGUGGCACACCUGUUAACCAGAAGGUUGGUGGUUCAAGCCCACUCAGGGAUGGCUGUGGGCAGGAUUCCUGUACUGCAGGUGGAUCCCUUCCAACUCUACGAUUUUAUGUGCAAAGAUCUCUCACAUACAGUUGUGCUGGGGACGAGCUUAGUGAUCUGGGCUCCUUAAUGUGCACACGAGCACUAAACUCAAGCAACUUUCCUAUGAGAAAAAUGCUGGUGACUACUUUUGUUGAAAAUAUUCUGGCAGCUAGCCCAAAUUUCUGGCUUUUACACACAACUAAUCUGACAACUGGGGACGCGGGUGGCGCUGUGGGUAAAACCUCAGUGCCUAGGACUUGCCGAUCGUAUGGUCGGCGGUUCGAAUCCCCACGGCGGGGUGAGCUCCCGUCGUUCGGUCCCAGCUCCUGCCCACCUAGCAGUUCGAAAGCACUCUUAAGUGCAAGUAGAUAAAUGGGUACUGCUUUAUAGCGGGAAGGUAAAUGGCGUUUCCGUGUGCUGCGCUGGUGCUGGCUCGCCAGAGCAGCUUUGUCACGCUGGCCACGUGACCCGGAAGUGUCUUUGGACGGUGCCGGCUCACGGCCUCUAGAGCGAGAUGAGCACGCAACCCUAGAGUCAGACAUGACUGGCCCGUACAGGCAGGGGUACCUUUACCUUUAAUAUGACAACUUGGACCAGGGGUUAAAAAAUAUUAUGGCAAUCCCCUCCCUUCUUUGUUGAUUAGCACCCCUAAUGAUCAGAUACUUACCAGCUACCUGCCUGUAACUGAUAUGAUAAUCCCAUGAAGUAAUUCCUUUGGGUGAAGGCAGCUGAUUCAAGCCUUGAAAUGAUAACCCAGCUCAGGGAUGUCCCAAAAGGUUGGUUUGGAAUAGAAUAUGUCCAUUAUUUUGGUGUUAUCUGUAUGUGAAGUAUUGAUGGAGGGGACCUAAUGUUCUUCAGUGCCAAUGGACAGAUUUUCAAGAAGCUUUGAACCAGGGUCCAAUUGCCGUUACUGCAAUUGAUGUAGGAAAACAUUUUUUAUCAGCGAGCAUAGAAUUGAUGAAUGACCAGAAAAUAUAAUCUGCCAUGUACCUUGAGCCUUUAACAAACUUGCUAGAGAUGUUGAGUGUUUUGGUUGAAGAGGGUCUUAAUUAAAGCUAGUUCAGCAGGAAUCGUGAAGUUAAGUUUUUCACAGUUUGGCGAUGAGAGUUGGCACGUGUUAAUAUGUUGGAGGAUUGAGCCACUGUUGAAGGCACAGGAGCAAAAGCAGUAAGAAAAUAUGGCAACCUUAAACAAAUUAUAUUAAUUUUCUAUCCAACGUCACUAAGACUUUAAUAGCUACUUACUGACAAAGAUACGAGAAGCUAUGUUCAGCUUUCUUGGAAGACAACACAACACAUCUCAAUAAAACAUGCAUCCAACAUGGGUUAAAUGCAAACGAUGUGUAUCAAAAAGUCAUUGAAAGACAACUUAAUUUCUGAUUUCAAUGGGAAAAGGUUUCUCAGUGACCCUUGAAAGCCAGCCAAUGAAAUCUUCCAGUGCAUGCCUCAAUAAACAACAAAUGAUUUAAUGAGGUACUCUAACAAGGGCUGAUGUGUCUACCCAAUUAGAGGAGAAAGACAUUUCCCUCUAUAAAACUCAUCCUCCCAUUAAAAUUCAUUUUGGUCGCUCAACUUUCCUUAAACUGUGUUGAAGCAUUGUCUGAAGAAUGUUGCACACGCUAACAAUCUUUGUGUUUGUGUGUGGGGGCAGGGGGCUGAUUUUCCAUAUGGAAAAAGAAUGGCAGUUACCUGGUCUGACCAGUCGGCAGAAUUAACAGUGAUUUAUUUGUACAAAAUGUCACAGCGGAAUGAAGUCAGAUAACAUACAUAACUCAAGAGUAAUAGGCUUUUCUAUGCCUAGAAUCAUAACUGCAACCAUGAUUCGCACCAUAAUCUAAUCUAAUCUUGGGGAUGGUGCAGACAUGUUUUACAUGAACUAAACCAGGGGUCAGCAAACGUUUUCAGCGCGGGGCCGGUCCACUGUACCUCAGACCUUGUGGCGGGGGGGCAGACUAUAUUUUGAAAAAAUAAUAAUGAAUGAAUUCCUAUGCCCCACAAAUAACCCAGAGAUGCAUUUUAAAUAAAAGGACACAUUCUGCUCAUGUAAAAACACCAAGCAGGUCCCACAAAUAACCCAGAGAUGCAUUUUAAAUAAAAGGACACAUUCGACUCAUGUAAAAACAUGCUGAUUCCUGGACUGUCUAUGGGCCAGAUUUAGAAGGUGAUUGGGCAGCAUACAACCCCCGGGCCUUAGUUUGCCUACCCAUGAACUAAACCAUUCGGUAAUCCAAUGUUACAUCCAUCAAAUCUUAUUUAAACUGUUGAAUUUAUCUUAAUGCUGCUAACAUUUUUAAACAAACACAAUUUUCACCCAUAUACUCAGUAAACAUUUUCCAGUCUUCUUUGAACGUAUGUUCUUCUUGUUCUUUUAUUCUCUGUGUUAAAUCUGCAAGCUGCGUGUAUUCCAUCAGUUUAAGUUGCCAUUCUUCUUUGGUUGGAACCUCGCUUGUUUUCCAUUUGGGGGCUGACAAAACACAAGUCCACCACAUAUAAAAAGGUAAAGGGACCCCUGACCAUUAGGUCCAGUCGUGACCGACUCUGGGGUUGCAGGCUCAUCUCGCUUUAUUGGCCAAGGGAGCCAGCGUACAGCUUCCGGGUCAUGCGGCCAGCAUGACUAAGCCGCUUCUGGCGAACCAGAACAGCACACGGAAACGCCGUUUACCUUCCCACCAGAGUGGUACCUAUUUAUCUACUUGAACUUUGAUGUGCUUUUGAAACGCUAAGUUGGCAGGAGCAGGGACCGAGCAACUGGAGCUCACCCCGUUGCAGGGAUUCAAACUGCCGACCUUCUGAUCGGCAAGUCCUAGGCUUUGUGGUUUAGACCACAGCAUGUAUAACUGAUCUCAAAUAGAAUUUUCUUGCCUGACCUGCCGAGCUGCCAUUGAUCUCAGUGGUUCUUUCACAGAAGAAUUUACUGGUGGUUUGUUUGACAGUAAGGAAAGACUUUGGUCUUUCAAAUUCCAUGCAAGUCCAAAAUUUGGUGCUCCCUCAUCUCCCAAUUUCCGUCUUAGUUGCGGCGCCCCCUAGGCUCGACGCCCAAUGUGGCUAAAAGUUCUAGCAACAGUGAUUUAAAGUUUCUUCCCUCGAGGAAGCUCUCCCACUUUGCAUCAGCUGAGUUCCCCAAUUCAGAAAUUAAUUCUAGACUACACUGUUUACACAGUCCUUGUGACACUCUUUGUUUGUGAGGCACUUGGUUCCUAUGGGUUGUGGGUCAAUGACCUGCUCUGCAGAUUCGGUAGCAAGCAACCCAGAACUCCAAACAGUGGAGAUCUGUUUUAUGUCGCUGCCUAGUGUGUUUCUAAAUCUAUCAGCUACGGCCUGGAUACUGUUAUGUCUGGCAAGCAUAUCUGUGUGCCAGAACCUUGAGUUGUGUAUAUUUAUAUUGGGGGGGAAAUCAAUGCGUUUUAAAAUAUUAACUAACCUUUCUUUGUUUUGCACGGGGGAAAUCAUUGGUGUAAAAAUUCAGAAUGCAAUACCAUGAACUGGUAGCAAAAUGACAAUACAGUGGUACCUUGGGUUACAUACGCUUCAGGUUACAGACUCCGCUAACCCAGAAAUAGUACCUCGGGUUAAGAACUUUGCUUCAGAAUGAGAACAGAAAUCGUGCUCUGGCAGCGCGGCAGCAGCAGGAGGCCCCAUUAGCUAAAGUGGUGCUUCAGGUUAAGAACAGUUUCAGGUUAAGAACAGACCUCCAGAACGAAUUAAGUACUUAACCCGAGGUACCACUGUACUUAAACCGAGGUACCACUGUAAUAAACUCACAAGGCAAACUAGUAGCUUCAAAAUGGGUAGAACUUUACUGUGACCACAGAGGUGAACAGUGAUCAUCAUUGGAAGGAUCAAUGAGAAGUUUGGUCUUGGACAUAUCUGGCGCUUUGAGAUGGUCACAAAGUAUGGAAAAAGCAGGGGAAGUUGCAGAUUGGAAGCAGGAGGAAGGGAGAAUAUUCUGGUAUGGAGAGCUACAACUGAGCAUAUGGGUGGAAGCAAUGCAUUUUUUCUAGAAAAAGGUGCCGGAACUCACCAUGAACACCCCCCUUGUUCUCUUAUUAUGGUGUCCAGCUGAGAAGUGCUGGAAUGGAGUUCCAGUGAGUUCUGGCUGUAAAAAAGUUCUGUGUGGAAGUGAAAGCCAUGGGAUGGGAUGAGGCUACUUGGGUACAAUGUAUAUUGUAAAGGGGCAAGAACAGAGCCUGAAGAACUCCAACAGGGAGAAGGAAAACAAAGCUCUCUCUACUCCAACUGUGGAAACAUUGAAAGAGCAAUUAGUUAUGAACACUGCCCAAAUUGUGCAUUUUUCAAUCAAUAGCGAUGGAAUCCUACUGCCUAGGCCAGCUUGCUUGGGAUGUGUGGCACUGUUAUGUACUGAGUUGAAUCCUAGAACAAUAGGAUCCAGAAUGCAGCAGUCUGAUUGGUCUGCAGGAGCCACCCAAUCAGGCUCCUGGAUGAAGUGAAUCAGCGACCUGAUUGGCCUGCAGGAGCAGCCAAUCGUGCUUCUGGAGGAGGUGAAUCCGCAACCUGAUUGGCCUACAGGAGCAGCCCGGAAUUAGCCAAUCACGCAGGACCCAUUGUGUAAAUGAUGUAUAUAUAGCUAGACAUUCUGGGGGAAGUUGCAUUCAUUGCUACUAGGAGCUGAAUAAAGAGCAUGAAAUUCACACUUGAUUCCGAGUAUAUUUCAGGCACCUUCCCUGAUGCUUGAGCACAUGACAUUGGUCCCCCUGCUUCCAGCUCAGAGUGGGGCGGGAAUGUUGUGGAAAAGUGAGGAAGGAAAGUGUUGUCGCCACCCUUGGGGUCCUGCUUCACGGGCAAUAAAAUUGUGCGUUAUCGCCUUUCUUCUCUUCCUCCGUGCUCCUAGAGAGAUCCAGAGGAGUGCUCCUUGGCCUGCACUUUUCUAAGUUUAGAUAACCCUUGGCACGUUCUGCAAUAAUGCCACCACCUUUUAAACCCCGCAAGACAGCAAAGCAGAAGCUUCCAGCAGCUGUGGCCUACAUCAGCCAGGCUGGUUGCUGGGCCAAUGGCCGGACCAUUGUAACCAUGGACCAUUAAUUGUUCUUCAUGUGGCAGCUCCAGUGUGGUCCAAGCAUCUCAGGUGUCCCAGGCAGGAUGCUCUUUGCUGAAGGGGUGUGUGUGUGUUGGCGACUGUUGCAUGCAAGCCCAUUGUACUUGGCCAAUUCUAGCUGUGUAAUUGCUACAUACGGGAUAUCAGGAAUCUCUUCUAAAACAUGUGGCUUUCUGUUUCUUUUCCUGCUGCUUUUCCCACUGCUCAGCCAUUUUGCCAGUUUUCAGAAGGAUUGGGCAGAUGUAUGUGAGCAUUUGGUUGAUAGGGGCAACACUCAUCGAGUGGUCUAGGACCGCAUUUAGUGGCAGCUGGAGAACAUAUGGAGCAAUGGCUGAGGACCACAAUACCUCAAGGACCACCUCUUUAUAUGAACCUACCCAGACCCUGAGAUCAUCUUCUGAGGCCCUACUUCAUGUGCCCCCUCCUCAAGAGGUCCAGAGGGUGGCAACACGAGAACGGGCCUUCUCUGCAGUGGCUCCCUGUCUGUGGAAUGCUUUCCCCAGGGAAGUUCACCUGGCGCCUUCAUUAUACACCUUUAGGCGCCAGGCAAAAUGUUCCUUUUUAACCAGGCCUUUGGUUGACCUGAUGGACAUCUAUUGUACUUUUAAAAUGUGGCUCUUUUGCGGGGAGUGUUAUUGGGUUAUUGUUCUUAUUUUGAUUUUAUGGAUUGUGAUUUUAUUUUGUGAACUGCCCUGAGACCUCCGGGUAUAGGGCGCUAUACAAAAUCAAUCAAUCAAUCAAUCAAUCAAUCAAUGUGUGAGUGAGACUGAGUUUCCCUGGUACCCUCAUCAGGUGUUCCGAGUUGUGGAGCUAGCCUUGCCUCUUACAGAUUUUCCCAUUCACCCUAAGUUGGCAUUUUAUAAUUUGCAGGAACUUGUCAUUAGGGUUGCCAAUGUUUAGCUUUCAAACAUCAAGGUGUCUGGGUGAGGCUAGCGGGAAGAGCGAGACAGGCCAGGGGGCAGAGUGUGGUGGACUCCAACAGGAGCAAAGCUAACGACAACAAUUUCCUGUUUGUUCUUGUGGCUCAUGUUGGCAGAUAAGAUGAGCUGAGCACAUGGAUUCUAGUGCGCAGUUGAUUCUAGUUCAAGGAUGCAGGUGGCGCUGUGGUCUGAACCACUGAGCCUCUUGGGCUUGCCAAUCAGAAGUUCGGCGGUUCAAAUCUACACAACGGGGUGAGCUCCCGUUGCUCUGACCCAGCUCCUGCCAACCUAGCUGUUCGAAAGCACACCAGUGCAAGUAGAUAAAUAGGUACUGCUGUGGCGGAAAGGUAAACAGCAUUUCCAUGUGUUCUGGUUUCCAUCACAGUGUCCUGUUGUGCCAGAAAUGGUUUAGUCAUGCUGGCCACAUGACUCGGAAAGCUGUCUGUGGACAAACACUGGCUCCUUCAGCCUGAAAGUGAGAUAAGCGCCACAACCCCAUAGUCGCCUUUGACUGGACUUAACCAUCCAGGGGUCCUUUACCUUUUUACCUAGUGCACAGUAUGUAUGUAAAGCAGCCUCAGUGAGGGGGUGGGGGAGAGAGGCAUUUGAAAUAAUGAGCUGUGGCUGAGCCUGGCUACCGUGUGCACGUGUGUGUAUGUGGGCAGUCAAGUGGUUUAUAAAAUGUCCUUUUAUGGAAAACACUUUCCCUUUUAUUUCCUCUUUCUCUACGGAGUGUAAACUCCAGCUGCCAGUUUACUUUGCAACUUUUCGAUCAUCUUAAACAUGCAUAGCCGAAAUGCUUAAUUUUAGUUCACCGACAUCCUGCCUUGUUGAAUCGGUGCAGAUAGACUGUGGGGGAAAUGUUGUUUCAACAUGCAAGUGCUUUAAUGCCCAUGAACAAAAAGAAUAAAAAUGUAGGAAGACUUGAUAUCCUGAGCAGCAAAUCCAGUAACGUGGCGUUAUUUCUUUUGUGUUUUCUGCUUUGUAUUCUAAUUCCAAAAACAUUAGCCUGGAAUCAUGUUUUGUUUCUAUCAGUUUGUAAUGGAAACUUGCACUGGCAAGAUUGUAAGUUAGAAUGAAAUAUGGACUUUUCUUUUAACUGUUGAUCCCACAUUAAAACCACUCAUUCACCCCCUGGCCAUGAACAGUGCAGGGACAGUGUGAUGCAGAGUUUUCCAAACUUGGGUCUCCAACUGUUUUUGGACUGGAAUUCCCAGCAUCCCUGUCCACUGGUCCUGCUAGCUAGGGUUGUAGUCCAACACCAGCGGGAGACCCAAGUUCAGGGGAAAACUGCACUAUGCUAUUUAUUGGACAAAAUGUAUGCGCUGCUUCAUUGUAAGAAAACCUCUUAAGCGGUUGCAGUGGCAUAGUGUGGGUGGGCCCUGAGUGUAAAAGUCUUAGAGGCGCAUUAUUAUUAUUAUUAUUAUUAAAAAGUAAUAAAAUAUAGCGCGCCCUCUCAACCACACAGAAUAUCUCUCAGUGUUCAUUGGCAGACUGAGGAAUGGGUUUGGGCAAUGGCUGUUUGCUAGGGCACCCUCUGCACGGGCUUUCGAAAGAUACCUGCUUCCUGAACUGAAAAAAAAUAAAUGUUUAAAAUAUUUUAGAAGCCAGAGGCUUUUCUAUUAGGAAUUGUAGUUGCUGAAAUUCCAAGGGAGCAGAAAGUGAAGUUGUUGGACUAUGCUGAAAUGGCAAAACUGCCUGGAAAGCUCAGAAACCAGGAAGACCAAAACUUUAAUAAGGAAUGGGGAAAAUUUAUAAGUUACCUUAAAGCAGUUGAAAACACGAGCAGGACUGUAAUAACACUUGUACUGUAACGAGAACUUUGGAUAUAAUGGAGUUAUAAAAAACUUGGAUUUUUGAAAAAAGUUGCAGUAGAAAAGGUUUAACGACAGAACCCAUGGAGGGGAAGGUGGGAAUUCCAGAGAUUUGGAGGAAUCUUCCAGCUGUGGAUAUGUUGUGGUAUGAUUACAAUUUUGAAUAUGUAAAACCAAAUAAAAAUUAUUCUAGAAAGAUACCUGCUCCCAACCAAUCUCCCAUCUGCUGUGCUUGACGCUCAUGCAUCAGCCACUCAGGUAGGUCACUGAGUUAUUGCCCCUUCGUUCCAGCCUGCCAGUGGGCAGUAGCAAGGAUGCUUGCUUUGCCCUGGGUGAUGGCAACCCACGCUAUGCCACUGGGUGGCUGAGAUGGCCACAGAGCUUGCCUGCAGCACCACCAGUUUGCGAAGCAGUGGUGGCUCAGGCAAUCACUUCAAUGCCUCAUCACAAAUUAAAGUUCUCUUCCUCACAAUUAUGCAUUGGGGUGUGUGGAUGACCCUAGCAGUCACCUUGUGGGCCUGAUGGUCUAGCUGCCACACUGAGUGGCAGUGGCUCUCCAGGAUCCUUUUACAGACCUGCUAUCCAAUAUCGUUUUACGGGAGAUUCCUGGGAUUGAAUCUGGUACCGUGUCAGGCUUCGGGGAAUCUGUUUCCUUCCCCCGUGGCAGUAGAUAAGAGAUCAAAUGAAAGGAACGCCUUACCAGUUAUAAUCUUUAAUAAUCACAGCAAGAGAAUAAAGAACACGUCCCCUAGAAAUGGCGGCGCUCCCAAUUAAGGGAUACUCCUCCCUCCAUCCCUAUUCAUCUACGUCACUCCUACGUCUUGUAAACAGGAGCUGAAUCUAUUGUGGUGAUUUACUUCACAAUGCUGUUGUUAGGAGGAGUUGGAAAAAGAAUGAGAAUCCCUGUUGCAGCAGUGCUAAAUAAAAGACAAAGGCCACACUUAAUGUUUAAAGCAGUAUCAUACCACUUUAAGCAGCCUUGCCUCUAGGUAGCAUGCAGUCAAUUCCAACAGAAAGGAAAUGACAUUCCAGACCAAAAGAAGAUUCUGUCAAAAGAUUCUGCCCUCUGCCCCAAAGCACAGGACAAACAACUUAUUUCAAGCUUAGGGAAAACUCUUUAACAGGGUAGUACUGGAUCUUCUGUUCAAAAGCACUGCUCCUGCAAAGGAUUCUCAGACUGUGACUUAGCUUAUUCUAGUUAAAAAUGUGUCAAGAAAAGCCAAUUUGCCAUCUCUCUCUCUUUGAUCUCCUUUUCUUCCCUCCCAAAUCUUCCUGGGAUUCUUUGAGAGUUCCUUCACCUCAGGCUACAAUAGCUUAAUGUGGGCUAUAACUUAAUACAUUGGCACCUGAAUGCUUGGAAUGUGGACAAUGCUAUAUUCUGUUCUUAAACAUCUACCAUUGCCAGUUUAGGGACAGCUCCCCAGGGUGCUGGUUUUUUGGAAUACAUUCCAGUCAUUCCAGUCUUCUGGCAGUGGUAUUUGCUCAGAGAAGGGAGACCGCUUUUUUUGCCUUCAACCUACAAGUUCCAAACCAAGGUGAAAGGCCAGCGUUCAAGAAAUGCUUCCUGUUCGCCAAAGAUACUUAUAGCAUUUAUUUCGCAUACUUCUGUCCCACUUUGUUGUUCCUUGAGGCUCUCAAGUUGGCUUCCAAAAUAUUUGCACAAUAUAAUUGCAUUCAAGAAAAUUUGUACACAUGAUCAGAAAUAGCAGGAUGCAUUUUUCCUCCCCUCUCCUCCAUCAUUCUUUGUAUUCCCACUUUGAGGGUCUCUGAGGCAAUUGGGGCUAAGCCACUAGACCUCAUGUGAGUCCCAUGAUGGGUCCCAAGUCAUAUUCAAUUAUACAAUUGAAUAUAAAUAUAGAUGGGAAAUGGCUAUGUAUAGUGAAUACUUAUCUACUUUUAAAAAUUUUCACCUACGAUCUUUAUCUUUUAUUUCUUUUACUUCUUUAUUUUUUCUUUGUUCUUUUUUUCUGAUAUCUUAUCUUUCAUUUCACUCCUUUAUUGUGAAUAGCAUUUUAUAGAGGUAUAAAUAACUGUAAAUAUGAAAAGAGACAAAGUAUUCUCUAAUUUUUUUCCUUGGUUAUGUGUAUUUUCUUUUUCUUUUUUGUAUUUUCUUUUGUUGUAAAUAUGUAUGUUUUCUAAUUUGUACUUAAUAAAAAUUAAAAUGAAAAAAAAUAAUAAAGUGAGAUGAGCGCUGCAAUACAGUGGUACCUCAGGUUACAUACGCUUCAGGUUACAUACGCUUCAGGUUACAGACUCCGCUAACCCAGAAAUAGUGCUUUAGGUUAAGAACUUUGCUUCAGGAUGAGAACAGAAAUUGUGCUCCGGCGGCGCAGCGGCAGCAGGAGGCCCCAUUAGCUAAAGUGGUACUUCAGGUUAAGAACAGUUUCAGGUUAAGAACGGACCUCAUUAAGUAAUUAACCCGAGGUACCACUAUAUAUAUAUAUAUAUAUAUACACACACACACAAAUAUAUAUCCACACACACACACAAUUUUCUGUUUUACAAUUUAAAAUACUCAUUUAAACAUCCUUAAAAUAUCAAUGACUUCCCUUCUUCUCUUUCCAUGGUUCAUUUUGCAGAUCCUAAAUCCCUGGAUAUUCAGUAUUCCAUUAUUACAUCCAUCAAAACUUAUUUAUACUGUUGAAUUUAUCUUAAUGCUGCCACUGUUUUCAGGUGUACACAACUUACCCUCCAAAUAUUCAAUAAACAUUUUCCAAUCUUCUCUAAACAUAUGUUCUCCAUGUUCUCUUAUUCCAUGAGUAGAAUGUGCCCUUUUAUUUAAAAUGCAUCUCUGGGUUAUUUGUGGGGCAUAGGAAUUUGUUCAUUCCCCCUCCCCCAAAUAUAGUCUAGUCCCCCACAAGGUCUGAGGGACAGUGGACUGGCCCCCUGCUGAAAACGUUUGAUGACCCCUGUCUUAUUCUAUAUGUUAAGUCUGCAAGCUGCGCAUAUUCCAAGACUGUCCCAAGUCUUUCUCAGCUGGUAGCUGGCAGUUCCUAGGCCACAGUUCCUAUUGAGGACCUUUUGAGGCAUCUGAGUGGGGUGAGCAGCUUAAAUUUGCUCAGCCCACGAUGAAGAGGAGUCUUCUCUAGCUGGGAGUUGCCAAGGAACAUGCCACACCCCAAGGACCAAUGGCGCCGGCUUGCAUCUGGAGCUGUGUGAUGUCACCAUGCCCCACGGCAUGUGUGCAUGACAUCACCACGCCCUACAGUGUGCUGACGUCACUCACGACGUGGUGAUGUCACAUGUGCUUGUGUCAUGGUGUGCCCACACAGUUGUCACUGCACUUUGGGGGUCCCCAGCCCUUUCAUUGAGAAUUGGGGGCUGGGGGCUGGGGUCCCACAGCUCUGUAUAGAUGAAGCCUAUGCCAAGAAAGAGCAGGCAGUCUGUUGGGGCUUGGACCAGAUGUUUUGUGUGUAUAAAUGUAUGUGUGUGCUUCUGGUAUGACAUCUUUUUUUUAUAUAAAAAAAGUUUUUAUUUAUACUUUUCAGGUUUAUACAUUUCAUUAGUUUUAUAAUCAAUUUAACAUUUCAAAGUUUGACUCCCUUCCUCUUUCUGUGGUUCCUUGAAUUUGUUUUUGAAUAUCUUCUGCAUAUCCAAAUGCAUUUAAUUUGCUCAUUUGAUUACAGUGGUACCUCGGGUUAAGUACUUAAUUCGUUCCGGAGGUCCGUUCUUAAUCUGAAACUGUUCUUAACCUGAAGCACCACUUUAGCUAAUGGGGCCUCCCGCUGCUGCCGCACCGCUGGAGAACGAUUUCUGUUCUCAACCUGAAGCAAAGUUCUUAACCUGAAGCAGUAUUUCUGGGUUAGCGGAGUCUGUAACCUGAAGCGUCUGUAACCUGAAUCGUAUGUAACCCGAGGUACCACUGUAUCUACUUUAAAUAUAUAUACUCUUAUGAAACUGCGGGUUUUUAAAAUAAUCCUGCUUUUGGUAUGACUCCUGUGCCUUUAACAGCUGACUAACAGGUUCAAAAGCACGCAGUGCAAGUAGAUAAAUAGGUACUACUCCGGCGGGAAGGUAAACGGCGUUUCCGUGCGCUACUCUGCUUUGCCAGAAGCGGCUUAGUCAUGCUGACCACAUGACCCGGAAGCUGUACGCCGGCUCCCUUGGCCAAUAAAGCGAGAUGAGUGCCGCAACCCCAGUCGGCCACGACUGGACCUAAUGGUCAGGGGUCCCUUUACUUUUUAACAGGUAAACAUAUUGCAGACAAAUGUUUCUUGACAUGGACAAAAGGGAUCAGAAUUGUGUUUUCCUCUUGAAGUUCUGCAUGGUAAUUAAAGGCCCAGGAAUUCAGCGAGACAAAAGGACUAACUCUGCCCCACCCUAGAUUAACUAGGUGGCCUUGUGCAAUCCAAUAUUUCUAAACCUCAGCUCCAAAUCUGCAAAAUGGGAAUAUUUAAGGACCUGCCUAGUUGUUCUACUAAGAGGAUGAUUGAGAAAAAGUUAGUGUGUGGGCAAUCUAUCUGGAAUAUAUUUGUAUUUCAAGGAGAUAGUCCUCUAACAUGGUUAUGCUUCCUGCCCCCUGUUCCUUCCCCCUCCCUUUCGCUUGUUAAAUUCUUUGAUGGCUGAGAACAGCCUUUAAUGUUCUAAUCUGUUGGAAGGAAGCGAUAGUACUGGGUACCUUCUUUGAUGUUGAACAUUGUUUGGAGAAAGUGAGGCAUUGGGAGAGGGUGGCUAAUGAAUAAUCUGCAAGUCGCCAGUCAGGCAAGCCACAGGCUAGCUAUAUAGCGAUCUCUAUAAAUCAAAUGGUGUUGGGCAUAGUUUUUCAGAAGCUCGUGCCCAGACUCAUCGAUCACAGGGCUGUGCAAACUGAGGCUACCUGGUGGAGUCCCUUCGCCACUUCUUGAGGGCUUCCAAGUGGCAUAUCGAAGUGCAUGCUUGGUAAUGUAUAAACAGUGGUACCUCGGGUUAAGUACUUAAUUCGUUCUGGAGGUCUGUACUUAACCUGGGGCCUCCUGCGGCUGCCGUGCCGCCGGAGCAUGAUUUCUGUUUUCAUCCUGAAGCAAAGUUCUUAACCUGAAGCACUAUUUCUGGGUUAGCAGAGUCUGUAACCUGAAGGGUAUGUAACCUGAAGCUUAUGUAACCCGAGGUACCAGUGUAAUGCUUGCUGUUUAGAGUAAAAUCUUUAAUCUUCCCACUGUUUCUAUUGCCUCUGAAUCUCAUUUUAAAAGAGCCGCCUUGCAUUUGGCAAGGCAGUUAGUAAGUGAAAUGUGCCGUUGGCGGGAUCAGCGGAUUGUGAAAAGCUCCUCAGUUGUGUGCCUUCUGAACUUCAGUCUUGCACUUGUUGAAGUCAGCGGCAGAACUGAACUUUUCCCUCAGCAAAGUCAGCCCCAAACUGACAGCUUCACCCUUCAAGCCCAAGUCUGUGCCUGGUUUCUAAAUUUAAAGUUAAUCCUCUUUCAACAGAAGUCUUAUUAAAAACAACAGGAGUGCAUAAACCUUCUAAUCUUUCAAGGCCACUAUGGGGUGCUUUGAAAAAAAAUAAAUUCCAUAGAAGAACUGUACUGAUGCCAGUAUAAGAUUUAUUUUUUCCUGUCCGAAAUGGCAGUAAACACAUUGAAGUAAGUCCACCAAAAUCAGAUAAGGAAGUGAGAAGGGAAGCACUAAGAUUGGAAUGGCAUUUUUGUGGUUUCUGACCAUGACAGAUUGGGGCACAGUGUUGGCCUAGCUCAAAUUAGUCAGAGCACAGGGAGUCCAGUUGGUCUAUUUCUUUCUUUCCCACCCUUCCUUUGUGAACUGGAUUGAAAGGGAAAAGGUAGAAAUUCUUCUGUUAACUAGUACAUUUGCCAGAGGAAAGUGCCUCGGUGAUUUCUGAAGAUUGCUUUUGUGAACUGGGGGAAAAGAAAAAGAGCAAAAUGAAGGAACCAUAGCUAUCACAGUAUUUUAAUAUUCUUUUGGAAGCCGCCCAGAGUGGCUGGGGAAGCCCAGCCAGAUGGGCGGGGUAUAAAUAAUAAAUUAUUAUUAUUAUUAUUAUUAUUAUUAUUAUCAUUAUUAUUAUUAUUACUUAAUUGCAGAGCAUAAACUUUGUUGAAUACAGACAGACCCAGGUUUGCCACCCCUACCCCAAAUAUCCCCAGUGAGAAGGGUACUCAAAAUAAUCCCCCUGUCAUUUAUGAGAAGAGAUUGCUGUAAUUAAACGCAUAGUCAAUCAAAUAAAUUUUAGGAAAAAACAAAGCCACUUGAAAAGCAAACUUUCCUCACUGUAGAGGCUUUUUCAGAUGGUUCCUUCUCAACCCAAUAAGAGGAGGUCAACUUUUGGGUUUGUGUUAACCUUUGCCCUACCAGUCCAAUUUUCAAAAGGUUUCAGACCUACAAUUACUCAAACAAUGCAUUUCAACAAAUAAAUACCCGCCCCCCGUACCCCCAGGCAGUCCCGUGAAAAGCCUCAUUGCACCAUAAAUUCACAUAUCUUUCUCUUUUUGUGCUGGGCAUAUCUUAUGUGUGAGUGGGAAAACCAGUUUUGCCACUGUUAGUACAAUGCUGUUUCUGGCUUCCCGACAAAUAGAUGUGUGUGAUACACAUGUUUGCAAACAUACCUGGCAAACAAGACUCCUUGUUUGAUUAACACAGAACUCUUGCACCUUGCAAUUUUCUCCCUCUGCUUCCUUCAUUAGGACACAGCAGUGAGCUUGUAAUUCUAAUGUUUACUCCAUGCACUUUCUCUGAGCACUUUUUCUAAUGUGAUUGGGUGACUCCUAAGCAUUCGUUGCACGUGAUUUUUGCAUUUUGCUACAUCCUGUCGAUCCAGCGUAAUCCUAGUCUAGUGAACUGGGCAUAUCUCAGGCCUGAAGGUGUUCAGCAGACUCAAUUUUUAGCUCAGGUUAUUUAUAUAUACUGUAUUUUUUUGCUCUAUAAGACUCACUUUUUCCCUUCUAAAAAGUAAGGGGAAAUGUGUGUGCGUCUUAUGGAGCAAAUGCAGGCUGUGCAGCUAUCCCAGAAGCCAGAACAGCAAGAGGGAUUGCUGCUUUCACUGCGUAGCGAUCCCUCUUGCUGUUCUGGCUUCUGAGAUUCAGAAUAUUUUUUUUCUUGUUUUCCUCCUCCAAAAACUAGGUGCGUCUUGUGGUCUGGUGUGUCUUAUAGAGCGAAAAAUACGGUAUUUGCUACGUUUAUAUGCCACCUUUAUCUUCCAAGGAGCUUAAGGUGGUUAAUAUGGUUCUCCUCUACCCCAUUUCAUCCCCACUGAAACCCUGUGAGGUAGUUUAGGCUAAGAGAUGGUGACUGGCACAAGAUCACACAGUGGGGAUUUGAACCCUAUCCUCCUAGGUCCUGAUCCAACACAUUAACCCAGGGGUCAGCAAGGUUAACCUUGCUGGGCCCGUUCACUCCCGUGGAGAUCGCUCCAUGGGCUGGAUCGCGUCUGCGCAGAUGUGAUUUCCGGCAUCAGCAUCCACGCAGACGUGAUUUCCGGUGCUGUGGAAGCGAGUCCCCACUCUGCACUGCGCUGCUUUAGUGCAGCGCGGGGGGACUCACCAAGCGGGUGGCUUGGUUCGGGGGCGGCUCGUGGGCCAUUUAAACGACCCCCAUGGGCUGCUUGUGGCCCAUGGGCUGCAUGUUGCUGAUCCCUGCUUUAACCAUUAUGCCACACUGGUGUAAUUCAGGUUGCUAAUCUGAAUGUAUGUAUGGUGGGUCCUUCAAAUUAUCAAGUUUCAUAUGGACUCCAUUUUGAACUUACUGAAAAAGAGAAUCAUUUUAUGACAAUGACUGCUUGAAUUGAUCCUGGUGUGUAGCAUUGUGGUUAACCACACUGCAUAUGGAAUUUGAAUUUAGCUUUUCAAAUCUCUAUAGAUGUGUUCACGAGAAUGGAAAGUGUCCCUUCCACACACAGAGUCCAUGGAAUUUGUUCUUCCGGCACAUCAGGUUACAUUGUGGUGAUAUCUUAACACACCAAAAGAACUGGAACCAAUGAAAGACUGAAAAUAACAAAUCCCCUCUAGUUAGUAUUCACAUUUUUACAUAUUUGUGAUUCAUGAGCUGCCGAUAAAUGCCAGUUGAAAGCUAAGCAGAAAGAAAAAGAAGACUAAAUGAGGUUCAAGUGACCUGAAAACAGAAAUCUAUUUUGUGCUGAAUUCUAGAGCAACUGAGCUGUGUCUGAUAAAUUAACUUCCCAGUCUGAAAGCUAUGCGUUUAAUUUUAUGUCUGAGCUUUUUUCGUUGUUGAAAAAGAAUCACAUAGGAGAGGAAUAAUGUCCAAUUUCUAUUCACAUGAAUGGGAAUGAAUACACAGGUUCCUUUAGGUCGCUCUGACAUUCUAUCCAGGGAGUGUAUAAUAAUUCUGUUGAGUUACACCAUUCCAACAAACAUAAGGAGGAAGUGCAUGUGAGUUUUUCUUGGAAGUGUGUGCCUGAUUUGACCAUCACCUGAUACUUGUUCUUUUCCAUUGGUUUUAUGUCGCCACGUGACCAUUAAACUUAAUACGGCAAUCUCUUUAAAACACCAAGGGAUGAAUGAAUGCGUUUAUGGCUGUCGGCAACGAUAAAACAGAUGUGCUCAGAAAUCAAUGUGUUUCUCUCUGCAGUUGAGAUCACUUGCCAAUAUAGCCUAGUUCAGGGUUGGGGAACUUGUAGCUCUCCAUAUGUGGCUUGGACCACAGUUCCUUUUUUUAAAGAAAUCAUUUUUAUUUGAUUUUACAAAUAAAAAUUGAUAACAAUCCAAAUGCAUAUCCGUAUAUAGAGAUUGCUCUGAAUCUUUAGACUUCCCCCCCCAUCUCCUUCAUGGGUCCUAUUAUCAACUUUUACAACUGCAUAUUAUUACAUAAUCUAUAUUUUGUAUCCAUCCAUGUUAUCCAUAGUAUUUGUUACAUUACAAGUGGGAAGUCCAUCAAAGCUUGGCUUGCCUUUUCUGUCUAGUAGGGACUCUUUCUUCUUUCCAUCUCUAGGCUAGUAGCAUCCAAGCAGCUGUUGUCACAUACAUAAAAAGUCUUUUCUGUUCCUUUGGAAUGUCAGUACCUAUAAUUCCUAAUAGAAAAGCUUCUGGUUUUUUUAACAAAAGUAAUUUUAAACAUUUUUUUUUCCCAUUUCAUUAUAUAUCAUCUCCCAGAAAGCUUUCAUAACCUUACAUGACUUGGACCACAAUUCCUAUCAGCCCCAGUCAGCAUGGCCAAUGAAUGGUCAGGGAUGAUGGGAGUUGUAGUCUAGCAAUAUCUGGAGGACCAUCCCACAUACAGGAACAAAGGAAAUGCAUUAAAAACAGACAGAUCACCCAUCCAAUUCUCACAAACAACUUGACUCUUUAUGGUCCCAUUUCUCAUGUUCUCCCUCUGUCUGUUGGUCUCCUUGUCUUCUACCAGACUUUUCCAGACUUAUAAUAUCCAGAUUUCCACCCGCCUUUCAUCUUCUGGUUUUGGUAAGUAGUGAAAAACAUGUGCAGCCUUCUAAAAAGUCUCAUCCAUUUGCACUUGCUUGCAACCAAGCAACCUUUUGAAAGUUUGUGUCCCUAAUGGGGCAAACAGAUAAAAUCGUAAAAUUUCGUAUGAUAGAGAAAUGGCAGUCUGGAUCUAGCCUUCUACAUAUCUUCAUUCAUUUUUAUUUGUAUGCAGAUUUUCCACUAAUAAUAAUAAUAAUAAUAAUAAUAAUAAUGUUUAUACCCCACCCAUCUGGCUAGGUUUCCCCAGCCACUCUGGGCGGCUUCCAACAGAAUAUUAAAACCACGAUAAAAGAUCAGACAUUAAAAACUUCCCUAAACAGGGCUGCCUUCAGGUGUCUUCUAGAAGUCAGUUUAUUUCCUUGACAUCUGAUGGGAGGGCGUUCCACAGGGCGGGCGCCACUACCAAGAAGGCCCUCUGCCUGGUUCCCUGUAACCUCACUUCUCAUAGUGAGGAAACUGCCAGAAGGCCCUCAGAGCUGGACCUCAGUGCCCGGGCUGAACGAUGGGGGUGGAGACGCUUCUUCAGUUAUACUGGGCCAAGGUUGUUUAGGGUUUCAAAGGUCAGCACCAGCACGCUGAAUUCUGCUUGGAAAUGGAGCUUACAACAAAGAAAACAGGAAUGCAUUUCAAACAAACGCAACGAAAACAAUUUCAUAAUAACAUAGCAAACCAAUAGCAAAUAUAAUAGCAUACACCCCCCCACACACACAUUUCAAUACUAUAAAUGUAGCAAGAUUACAUAAACAUCAUGGUAUGGUGUUGUUCACAAGCCCUUUCCUGUAGCCACUUAGAAGGCUUCCAUGGGCAAGGGGUGAGAUAGCCGAAAACUUGCCAAUAUAAUACUGAUCUUGCACCUUCCCUUCUCCCUGAUUUAGAUAUACCCUAUGGCUAGCAUCACUGUUAACCACAAGCCUUUGUUGAUUUAUGCAUCGCACCUGCAUUGCUCCAAGAUCCACAGCAUGGCAUUUUACAGUGCAAUUCUAACCAUUCCUACUCAUAAAUACCGUAUUUUUUGCUCUAUAAGAUGCACCAGACCACAAAACGCACCUCGUUUUUGGAGGAGGAAAACAAGAAAAAAAAUAUUCUGAAUCUCAGAAGCCAGAACAGCAAGAGGGAUCCCUGCGCAGUGAAAGCAGCAAUCCCUCUUGCUGUUCUGGCUUCUGGGAUAGCUGCGCAGCCUGCAUUUGCUCCAUAAGAUGCACACACAUCCCCUUACUUUUUAGGAGGGAAAAAGUGAAUCUUAUAGAGCAAAAAAUACGGUAAAUCCUAAUGAAUACAGUGGGGUUUCCUCCCAGGCAAGAGGGGUUAGGAUUACAAUCGCCAGUAAAACUAGACUCUAAUCCAGUUCAGAUGGGCUUUCCUGCAGCUCAUUUGCACACACAUGCGCACAUGCGCAGACAACCAUACUGCUUUUUGCACUGGGUGGUGGCCAGCAUAACAUUAGGCAAGGAUACUUUCUGGCCUUUUGACAGCAGCCUUUGUUGAAUGGCUUCUCCCACUGCCUCGGUGCAACGCGUUCUUGACACUUCAGUGAGUGCAUUCUUUUCACUUGCACCACAUAAACCACUUGCUGACACGAGCAGUUCAUUGCCCAAACAAGCUGGUAAAAGACGAUUCUGAGAUGUAGAAACUUGAGAGGUGGUGAAAAGGCACACAGCAUCAUAUGAGCUUCAGAAAUGGGUUGUGAAACCAGCCUUGUUUAGACUGGAAGGGAAAGGGAAGUACUCUGCUUCAGCCUGGUGCUAUGUGGUUGCCAGCAUGUCAUGUACAUGACUGGGCUUUUUGCUGUCACCCACAGACCACCUGCCCCACUGAUUAUUGCAACCAUCGUAGAAGAUAUUAUAUAAUUUAACGGUCUUCUUUUGACACGCAAGUCAUCGUCUCCUGCCCAGGUGUGUUUUUAAGCCACUUAAUAAGCUCGAUAUUCAAUACCUCAUGCCCGAAAUGUCUUAAGCCCAUGGAUGACUAUGAACCUUAAUCUAAUGUGUGGGAAAGCAGAACAGAAUAGAGGAAUCUUCUGUGUCGCUGCUUUCAGUGCAAGCAUGGGACUCUGGCUUGGUUCCUUUGCCCUGUGAGGAACUUGCUCUUUUCUUUUGUGGGUUUAAGCAGUAGGCAAUGGUUUCAACCACAAUCCGGAAGGGGGGAAAGUGGGGAUAAGUUGUCAUCGGAGAACAUGCACGACUGAAAAUGAAAUGCAACAGAAAUCUGGAAGCGUUGCGAGCUUCCUGUGUACACAAAAACUCAGCAUGAAUGGACAAUACCCAGGUUCACAAUGGAGUUCAAAUGUCUGAAAUCCUACCAAUAGGGCAUGGGGUAAAAAAGUUGACAAAUAGCUUAUUUCCACCCUAGCACAUUUCCACAAAGAAGAUAUUGUAGGCUUCUAUUAUAGACAGUGCUAUCGUUGCACCGAAUGCAGUGGAUGUUCAAUAAUCUGGCAAUGCAGGCAGAGACUGGAAAUGGACAGAAGGGACUUUUAUUAAAACAGUUUUCACUCUGUCUGUUUCUACUAAACAAAGGGUGAGAAGCUUCUGGCCCCACAAGAGAGGCGGUGGAUAGGGCCCGAGGCAAAAGUGGGCAGUGCAAUGAAUGCAAAUUUUACCUUUGUAUAGCAGGUCAGUUUCUGCACACCCUCAAAUAUCCCUCUCUAUCAUCCACCCAGACAAGAUAGAGUCAUUAUCAACGUUCCAGGGCACAUUCCAGCAAGCAAAAUGGGGGGGGGGACAUGGCUUGGGGCCAGAUAGAACAGCCCAGAGGGCCAUUUUAUGACCAUGAAAUUUCCCACGGAAUAAAGGGACAAGCCUGUUCCAAAAGCAAGCAGCAAACGAGUGUGCAAAUUCUGCUCUGCUCCUCCCCAGGUUCUUUGCUCAUUAUAUUCAGUUUCUUUUAGAAGCCCAAAGAGGCUUAGGUGUGGUUUCUGCGCAGUCUCCAGUAGACUAGGCUGAGGUUCAAUUCACAUGUAACAUACCAGCCAGCAGCUGAUGGGAGUUGUGGUACAAAACACCCGGAAGGCUGCUAAAUCUGCUGCUAUUUAACCUUGGAGUAAGUCCUCUGCAACGCAAUAGAAUUUAUUUCUGAGCAGACAUGCAUAGGACUGUGCUGUUAUUUGCAUUUAAGUGGGAUGGAUUUUAUGCUGAAAUAUUCACCAUGUGAGUACUGUCCCUUUGGAGUCGCAAUACAGGAAAGAACUGAGCUGGAGUCCAAAAUAAAUACAUGAGAUUUAUGUGCUUAACUCUUGUUUGUAAGUCCUGUGAUUCCGCAAAGCUUAAUUACUUUUACAUUACUCUGAAUUGUAGCCUUUGAGACGUUAUGGUCUUAAAGGGAAAUAUUUUGGUUUCUGUGUGGCUGGUAUAAGUCGGUGCCUCCAAUUUCAAACAUGUACUUUGGUGUAGCUAGUCACAACACCAUCUCUGCAAGGAUGGUGAUAACACCAUGUUGUGUAAAUGAAAGCCUUUGCAGCUUUGCUGGUUUCAAAGAGCAACACAGUGAUAGCUCUUAACUAGAUGAAAGUUUCCAACACCUUGUUCAAAUAGUGUGCUGCCUAGCUGAAAGGGUGUUGCAUAACCAGACCUCUUCAGCAAGGCCAGACAGUUCGUAAUAUUGCCAGAAUAGUUACUAUUUAAAACCCCCAGCUCUGUUGGUUUAAAAAACACUUAGUUUUCUGAAUAUUGCAGACCCUCCAAGUAUUCCAGCUUUACAGAAGCUGUCCCGAUUUCUGGUUUGAUCCUAGAAUGUCCCACUUUUCCUUAUGAUGCCUCUAUUUUCAUCGGAGAAAUGUUGGAGGGAAAGGUAGGAUGUCCCUAUUUUCAUCGGAGAAAUGUUGGAAGGUAUGGAGGUAUCUGACCCCUGAGCCAUCUGAAGGCAGCUCUGUAUAGGGAUUUUUUUUUUAAAAAAGUUUAAUGUUUCAUUGUGUUUUUUUAUAUGUUGGAAGCCGCCCAGAGUGGCAACCCAGUCAGAUGGGUGAGGUACAAAAUUCUUCUUAAUCUUAUUGAAUAGGAUGUCCCUAUUUUCAUCAGAGAAAUGUUGGACAGCAUGAUAUAGGUCUGCCUAUUUGACAUCUUUUUGGGUGUUUGUGAAGAUUUUUACUCUGAAAUGAAAAGUUCACUUCUCUCACCACUAACGAAAACUAAUAAGUGAAUAGAAAGAGAACCUACGAACAUGAUGUUGGCACAAAAACCUUGCACGUACACUAUGUAAAAAAAUGAAAGUUUACUAUCCUAAUCUUCUCUCUCCCCCCCCACCUCUCUUCUUUCCCAGCCUUUAUCUAUAACAUUAGUGUCUCACAUUGAAGAUAGCUGAUCUGUAGAAAAGAUUCUAUGAACAGAAAACUGAGACACUCUACAGUAUGUACUUUUGUAAUUCAAGAAGAUCUUUAAUAAAAAUGCAAAUUAAAAAAUGCGUGGUUUUAGCUGCCAGUUUUGAUGCAUUUGCACCGGCAUGGCUGUUGGUGCAACUUGCUUUCUUAAGAAAAUAAUAACAUAAAAUGAGAUCCAGCAGCCAGUUGGAUGCUUGUGGGAAGGUCACAAGUAAGGCAUGAAGCUCCCACUGAUGUUCCCUGCAGCCUAUGCUUCUCUAGGUAGCAUAUAACCAACCUGAACUUAGCCACAAAUGCAUUUGUCCUCCAUAACUUUUUCUAUGAAAACAUAAGAACAGGCUCAGCAAAUCUCAGACUGGGCCUGGACCAGCAUCUUAUCAUGCCACCUGUUGCUCAAUAGUCAAGUGUAGGUACGUGGGUGGCGCUGUGGUCUAAACCACUGAGCCUCUUGGGCUUGCCGAUCGGAAGGUCGGCAGUUUGAAUCCCCACGAUGGAGUGAGCUCCCGUUGCUCUGCCCCAGCUCCUGCCAACCUAGCAGUUCUAAAGCAUGCCAGUGCAAGUAGAUAAAUAGGUACCACUGUGGCGGGAAAGUAAACGACAUUUUCGUGCGCUCUGCUUUUCGUCAUGGUGUUCCGUUGCGCCAGAAGCUGUUUAGUCAUACUGGCCACAUGACCCGGAAAGCUGUCUGUGGACAAACGCUGACACCCUUGGCCUGAAAGCGAAAUGAGCACCGUAACCCCAUAGUCGCCUUUGACUGGACUUAACCAUCCAGGGUUCCUUUACCUUUUAACUUUUUAAACAAUAGUCAGGUGAGAAGCAACAAUGCUCCACAUCCCACAAUUCCAUCUCUGUGUGAGCUCUGCUUCCUUACUUCCUAUCACAAAAAAUUAUCUACCUACAUGCAGAAUAUGGGUGGUUUUAGGAGUCAUUCUCUCUUGCCAGGGAACCCUGGACCUGAAGUACUUCAAAGGACGGUGCAGUUCUAAGGAGGAAUGCAUGCAUAUGGGAUACAUGCAAAGAUUAUUUCAGGGCAAAGGAAAGGCUGAAAUGAAAUGUGAUCCGAGGGUAAGAGUGGACCUGGUUUUCAGAUGAAGCCAUUAGUCUGUUGCUCAGGCAAUCAUUAGUCACAGUGGCUUAUAUUCCAGCACAUCUGAAAAUUUAUCUUCCCUUGGUGGUUCAUUCGCUGAGGAAUGGCCAGACCACACUGCUGAGGUAUUGGCUGAGUUUGGAAAGCGAGUUUGCACCAAACCCACUCUUCUGUCAUCAAAGUGGCCCAUCAGUCUGAGAGAGUAAUUUGUGAAUGUGAUGACUCUGAUUUCAGGAACGCACAGGUCUUUUAUCAUUGGGUUUGCCCUGGGGGCGCUUUGAUCUCAAGGUGCCGGUAUCCCUUCUCACAUUAUGAGAGCUACAAGAUAAACAUCAGUCAGAGAGACAGACGAUAAGCCUAGCUUUGACAAUAGGCAGGUAGCCAGGUGAUGGGUGAUUCACUCUGAGCUUCUUUAAGUGUAAAUCUAUGCUGAUUUUGCUCCUCAACCCUUGACUCUUGGGAUCCAUUACUCUGUUCUAGCACUCUUAUCUGGGCGCUGUUAUAACAAGCAUAAACAUGCUCUUCUAAUCAGAGCUUAUCUGACCCUGGUGUUUGUCAUACUAGAACAGCCAGGCAAUAAACAAUCCCACCAUAAAAUAUCUAUGACACUGACCAGUAUUCCAUAGUCCACUGCACGGUGGGUACAAAAAGUAUUAUUAUUGAAAUAAUUUUUAUUUGAUUUUACAAAUAUUAAAUUAUAACAAUACAACCAUGCUCAUCAACAGUUAAAAUAUUCUUUCGAAUCUCUUGACUUCCCACCUUCCCCUCCGUGGGUCCUGUUAUUACACCUUUCCUACUGCAUCUUUUUCAAUAUUCCAUGUUUUAUAUAACUCCAUAAUACUUGCUACAUUACAAAUGCUGUUGCAAUCCUGCUAAAUGUUUUCAUCUGCUUACAGUGAUCUCAAAGAUAGAUUAUAAGUUUCCCCCAUUCUUUGUUGAAAUUUUGGUCUUCUUGAUUCCUGAGCCUUCCAGUCAUUUUUUUGCCAUUGGGGCAAAAAGUAUUAGAAGGAAUUGCUGGGCUUUGCAUGAUUUGGAGCAUUUUGGGGGGUGUAUGCUACAUUUCUGAGACACUUCAACAGUGGGAUGGAAUUUAGAGAAUACACUUCUGCAGUCCCAGGUUUAGCGAAAUUCUCUCCCCUUUUUUAAGAUCUGCUGUUAUGAGGGAAGGAGGAGGUCCCAAUUAAUAGCCCACUGUUAAGAUACCCUGAUCUCUUUGGGACAGAGGUAUCAGUGCUUCAAGCCAGCACAUGAAGGUUAUGAAGCAGUAAAGGCAUCUCCUCUUCCUCUGUUCUGACACCCUGAUUGGUUUGGGUCCCAGCUUUCCAAUUGGAUGGGGAAGCCCAGUCUACACUUCUGGGUGAUGGCACCACCAAUUCCGGUUCUUCUUCUUCUUUGCCGAUCCCUCAUAGCUGAGUAAGAUUGACUUCCACAAACACGGUUUUAACAGUCCAUAAGUGACUCUGGAGGCCAAUUCUGGAUCGACAUGUCCUUCCACAGUAAGCACACACUCUUACUGAUCCUUCUGCAUGCUUUCCUUGACUUUUUUUGCCUGGCUGGAAUGUGUCCUUGAACUCCAAUAAGUGUGUGUGUGUGUGUGUGUGUGUGUGUGUGUGUGUAAAAACUAGCCUGCUGUGCAAAGGUAAAAUGUGCAUUAAUUUAUCCACUCACUUUUGCCUUUAGCCCAUAGCUGUCAACGUUUCCCUUUUUUAAAGGGAAAUUCCCUUAUUCCGAAUAGGAUUCCUCGCAAGAAAAGGAGAAAGUUGACAGCUAUGCUUUAGCCCCAGCCAUUUCUAGUAUGUGCCCCCUUCCCAAAAGAUUGCUCAGAAUAUUUAUUUAUGUCUGUCUGUCUGUCUGUUCUCAAGGCAGUUACAACAUAAAAUCACAAUAUUGAAACAAAUACAAAAUAAAAAUAAGAACCAAAACAACCCAAGGGAAUGGGAAUGCGACCCCUGUGCUAAAAAAGGCUUCCCAUCCCAAAUACAGAUCCUGAGCUUUGUGUGUUCCUCAUCAUGAAGAUAACCAAAGUGAACGAGUGUGGGAGGGGCCAUCAGCCAUCCAAUCAGCAGAGCAGAGAUACAGUUAAGUGGUCCCAUUGGCUGAGCAGCAUCGGGUCAGUUCUGACAGCACGGAAGGCAAAUGGGGUCGCCAACAUCUUUGUUCAUGUAGAGGUGGCAUGACCAUCACCGUGCUGAGUAAUGUCAUGGCUAUCGCAUGACAUGCACGCUGUGCACUCUGGGAAGGCACGUAAGCCCUGCUGCAACAAAAAUGUCGCAACUCUGCAGUGCAACAGCCAGCAGCUAAUGCUGCUGUUGAAAAUCUUGGUUGUGAAAAUCUAUGGCAUGUAGCGAAGGGUACAUCCAGGGCCGACUCUCACCCAUGAGGCAAGGUGAGGUGACUGCUUCAGGUAGCAGGAUCCACCAGGGCAGCAAAUCUUGAUGUCAAUCUUUCUUCCACCCUUGUUCCUGUUGUUGAUCUUCCCUCACCCCUUCUUCCCUGGCAGGGAGGGGAGAGCCAUUGUGGGGUGCACCUCAAGUGCCAAAAUGUUUCGGGCCAGCCCUGGAUACAUCCUUGCCUCUGUGCAUCAUCAUCAUCAUCAUCAUCAUUUAUAUACCGCCCUAUACCCGGAUGUCACAGAGAGCUGCUGUAGUAUAAUGGUUAGAAUGCUGGACUAGGACAGAAGAGACCAGCGUUGCUGUCCCUACUCAGCCCUGAAGUUCUCUGGGUGACAUUUUCUCUGCCUAGACACCGGUGGUGCUGUGGUCUAAACCACUGAGCCUCUUGGGCUUGCCGAUCAGAAGGUCGGCGGUUCAAAUCCCCACAACGGGGUGAGCUCCCAUUGCUCGGUCCCAGCUCCUGUCCACCUAGCUGUUCAAAAGCACGCCAAAAAGUGCAAGUAGAUAAAAAGGUACCACUGCAGUGGGAAGGUAAAUGGCAUUUCCAUGUGCUGCUCUGGUGUCGGUGUUCCGUUGCGCCAGAAGCGGUUUAGUCAGGCUAGCUGCAUGACCCAAAAAGCUAUCUGUGGACAAACUCUGGCUCCCUCAGUCUGAAAGCGAGAUGAGCGCCGCAACCCCAUUGUCGCCUUUGACUGGACUUAACCAUCCAGGGGUCCUUUACCUUUUACCUAUGAGGCUGGUAUGAGAAUGGGAACGUCCAUAUAUGCCACCCUAAGCUCCUUGCAGGAAGAGAUUGCAGAUAAAAAAUGUAACAAAUGAAGGAAUGAAGAGUGAAUUGCCUGGUUGCUUGUGAAAAGACAAUAGCAAGUUUGGGAAGGUAAUAAGUAAUGGGGUGCAACUGCAACAGAUAGUUACUAACCUGCCAUUCCUUUCCUCCUGCCCUUUUUUCUUCUAACCAAAUUGUCAACGGUGUGCUCUUAGUUUUCCAUAUAUGAAGGUGAAGGUGGCCCUAUGCUGUGUGUUCAUGUGUGUGUGUUUCUAUUUAUCUAUCACUCUGGAAUUCACUGAUCGAUACAGAGACCCCCAGUAGGAUGGACUAAAAAAAAAAAAAAAGGGGGUGUGUGUUUUUUAAGACUGUGGGAAGAAAUGCAUGGAAACUACCAAUGUUGCUUAAAGCCGCAGAAAGAAUCUGUUGUUUUGAAACCGAGAUGGGAAUGCAGCUUCAAACAAAACUAAAUCUUGCAUGGCAUGUUUACAGCAACGUGGCUUUGAACUGGUGAGAAUCUAGUAAUUCAGACUGUGAAGUUGAAACUUUUUUGAGUUUCAAAGUAAACUCUCCUCUCAGAACAAGCAUGGGGUGGCCUUAAGAAGAGACCCACGUGAGGAAAGAGAUAGAACAGUGCAGCCGAAACAUUACUGUUUACAGUAGCACUUGAGCACCCUAUUUCCUAACUCGUGUUAUGUUGUGCUAGCUUGGGAUGCUUUAAGCUGGUUUGAACUUCCUCCUGCUCCACCACUCCAAUUCAAAUGUUCCCUGUAAACAAGCACCUUUUAAAUAGUAUUUACUUCUGUUGGCAUAUAAACAUUCUUAAAGCACAGCUGGCUAUCCAUUUUCAGAAUUUGGACUUGAAAUUCCAAGCAAAGCAGCGAUAGGGAUUGUUGAUGCCUCGUUUCCAAACACUGGACAUGAGCCAGCCAAAGUAAAUCCAUUUAAAAGUCCUUUUUGAUACCAGUGGAAUGCCUGUUAAACACGUGAUUAGCUUUUCCAUCGAAAUGGAUGGGGGCUUAACUUUGGCUCAUCUUUGUCUUGUUGAACCAGUAUUAUUUCCCCGUUCCUCUAUUUAUAGCUGCCGGUUAGUACCAAUAUUUUCAUAUUUUCCAUGUAAUGUCAAGCUUCACUCACGCACCAGAUCUCUCUUUGUUUGGUGGGAAAGGUCUCGAGCGCACAAGGGGAGAAUGACCAUAGCCUGAGUUCAAAGUUGAAACAAACAUUGAGUUUGUAGGCUUUUCGUUCGAGUCUGAGGAAAACACAAGAUGAAUGUCAGCCAGACUACAAAAUAUUGGGAACUACAAGGGAAGGAGAGCGCUCCUGCAAAAACCGGCCCAGCAAAGUGAAACAGAGCCGCUUGUCACCUCACUUCACAUCAUGAACUCUCAUAGGGUGUCUUUUCCCAGUUUGCCCCAGUUUCUGGGAACAUCAGCACUGGUGCAGGGAGCAACUUUUGGGUAGGUUGUUUCCACAUAGGCUGGUGCACUGGGAAUGGGCUGAACCCUGGGAAAGAGUGUUGAUUGAUUGAUUGAUUGAUUGAUUGAUUCAUUCAUUCAUUCAUUCAUUAACUAGGCGUGGGGAACCGCAGCCCUCAAGAUUUUGUUGGACUGCAACUCCCAUCAUCCCUAGUCAGUUUGGCCAGCUGUCAGGAAUAUCAGAAGCUGUAAUUCUGCAAUGUCUGGAGGUUCUCCAGUGGUCAAUUGAACAUUGUCACUGGUUUAGGAUAUAAUGGGAAGCGUGGUUAAGUGGUGAAUACUGAUUAGUCCUUGUGUGAAGGAAGGCACAAAACAAGUGAAAGGGGUUUGGCGCCUUCAUUAUACACCUUUAGGCACCAGGCAAAAAUGUUCCUCUUUAACCAGGCCUUUGGCUGAUUGACAUCUUUCAAAAUGUGUUGGGGAAAGAGGGUUUAUUGGGCUGUUUUUUUUGUUUUUGUUUUUAUUAUGUAUUUUGCAUUUUUAUAUUAUGAUUUUAUGUUGUAACUGCCCUGAAACCUACAUGCAUAGGGCAGCAUACAAAUUUUAUAAAUCAAUCUUUUACCUCUUCUCUCUCUCUCCCCUUUGUCUAAACUGAGACUCUAAUCUCCGAGGCAGGGAAUGUGUUGUUUUGUGUGUUUUUUUGCUCCCCUCACUCUUUAGCACUCCAUCCAUGUACACUGAUGGCCGUACAUCAACAGGAAAGAUUUUGGAUAAGUUGUGGCGCUCUUUAUUUUAAAGCUGGCAGCAGUUUCCAGUUUGAUAGCUGUGCUGUUGUUAUGCUUGGGUAGCUGAUCACCACUGUAUGGCUUGACUGGGGCUAAUUCUCUCUGCAUUGUCCUAAUGUUUGUUUGUUUUUUAGUAAAUUUAUUUCGUUUUUCAGAUUAAAAUUUUAUAGUCACAUGUCCAACAUACAACAUAAAAACAAGAUUCUUGGACUUCCCUCCUCCCCUUAGUGGGUCCUAUUGCUAAUCAUUUCCUCCUGCAUCUUUUAUAAUAAUCCAAAUCUUUUAUCUCUCCAAUGUUUCCAGAAUUCACCAUUAAACUACAAGUGAUAUCCCAAUCCUAGUAACAAUUUUAACUGUUUACAAUGGUCUUUAAGAUAAGUUAUAAAUUUCCCCCAUUCCUUAUUUAAAAUGUGGUCCUCCUGAUUUCUGUUUCUUCUGGUCAUUGUAGCCAUUUUGGCAUAGUCCAUCAACUUGAUCUGCCAUUCUUCUCUGGUAGGGACUUUAUCUUCUUUCCAUCUCUGGGCUAAUAACAUCUGUGCAGCUGCCGCUUUGUCCUAAUGUUAGUCCACCAAAUUCAUCUGUUGCAAUACUAUUACCUUAGCACUUUCAGAUCCCUUUGUUUCCCAGUCUUUCAGUGUUAAUGUUGCUUUUUACGCAUGACAACUGUGAGGUGGCAGUUAGCGAUGUUCUAACAAGCCUGACAUAAGGAGUGUGCAUUUGAAGACUUUGUGGUUUGGAUCUAGACUUAGCCUUCCAUGGAUGGAAUUACUCCUUCCAUCCAUAGAUUGCUUUUGGGGAAAGGGGGCCUUGGCAAAGUUGCUUCUUCUCUCUGCUGGAGAACAUGUCCUCUAGGAGGAGUUCCACUCUAGGGAUGCUCCUGCAGGAGAGAGUGACAGACUCCAACCCUGUAUCUUCUGCUGUCUCAUAGAAGAGCUGUGUAUAGUCUGGCCCUAAACCAGAAAUGGAUGCCAUGGUGAUGCCAUUUUGGCAUAUCUUCAAAAUAUGCAAAUGAAGCAAAAUCUGUGUUUGUGUCUAUCAGUUUAUCUAUAAGCCCAAUAUGGCUGACCGUUGUUACAAUUCCUGGAGAAGGGCAAUGGGCUUAAACAUCUAGUAUAGCUCUGUUGCCGUUUCUGAGAUUUCCCAAGGCAUUGUAUACACAUUUCCAAGGGUACUUCUAGCUUAAGAGCUAGAAACUCAACUCUGUAAGAGAGAGGAGGGGAAUAAGAGGGGAAGAGGUUCUAAGGAUGUGGGAUUCAACACCCAGUUCCAAUUUAUGUUCUUGCAUGGUGACGCACUGAGUUCUGCCUAAUUGCUUUAUUUUGGUAAGCGGCACGAUGGAUUGAUGGGUGGCGUGACUCUUAGUGUUAUGAACUCUUUAGGGUUAAAAUGUGUUUUCCCAGUAGUGUAAUUAUCUGAUUAGGACUCUUGAUGGAACUGAGAAGCUUGCAGUUACCCCACUGCACUUUUUGACCCUUUAUGCUGCUAUAGGGAAUUAUAUGUCGUUUUCUUCCAUUGCUAUCCUGCUGCGGCAAAAACAAUAUUAUCCAGCUUACUUGGGAAAUGUGGCCCCACAAAUGGCAACAUCCCUUGGUGCAAACUUUAUUAGAUGCAGCAUCUGGAUCAUAAAAUGCAACACAUGUUUCCAGAUGGUUAUGGGAAACAAACCCUUAUCUCAUUAGGAAAUCACUGGGGACAUCCUGCAAUUGUAAACUUUCUGUGUUAAAGGCCCAGACCGUUCUGUGAAAUGUCUUAUUGCUUGGAGUAGUUUUCUGCAAAGCACAGCGAUUCUGCUUCAGCCCAGAGAACCAUUUAUGUCAAAUUCCUCCAGGAUGACAUUAGCAUGAAGUGCAGGGGCCAGCUUUGCAGUUUCAGCAAUGAAUUUUAUCACACUAAUGCACGGGUGUGUGCUUCUUCCUAUUAGAAUACAAAUGCAAAAAAAUUAGCAUAGGCUGAAUUCAGAGGUAAAGACAAGCAGUGGUUUGCCAUGAGGACAAGUCUAAGGUUUGUGUGCUUCUUUUGCCCGCCUCAAAUGCACGUAAGGCGAAGAGAUUAGAAGCUUCCACUUUCUACGUUUGCUCUUGCAUCUAAAUGUAGCAAACUACGGUUUGCUCAAACCACAGUUUUGACUUAGAAUCCUACUUUGAGGGCAAACUAUGGUUUGCCCACUAACUAAGCAGAAGCUUCUAAUCUCUCCUCCUCCCAUGUAGAAGAAGGGGUAAAAGGAAGAAGGAGCAUUAAGACCUAAAGCUUAUGCCUACCUGCCUCCUGAACAACAAACCAUGGUUUAUUGUUACAUUUGAAUUCUGUCAGGGUGAGUUUCCAGAAACACCGCUGCUCUACACAGAACAAGGCACAAUAGAACUUGGCUGAAUCGGAUGUGGUCUGCAUCGCUUACCAGCCUUGCCUGAGUGCUUUUGGCUGGCUUGGAGUGUGUGUUUGAAUUGGAAUAAUGCCUCUUCUUUACCUAGAUGGAGGAUUGAAUGAUGUGAGUAGAGGUGUAUAAACUGCUGACUUUUGGAUGGCUGGAAUGUGAUCUGCUGUCUUCUUCUUCUUUGGCGAGCACUCAUAGCUGAGUAAGAUUGUCUUCCAUGAACACAAUCUUAACAGUGAGUCCGUAAGUGACUGUGGAGGCCAAUUCUGGAUCCACAUGUCCUUCCACAGUGGGGACGUAGGUUUCCUGGCAGGAGUUGAUCAUGGUGUGGAUUUGCCAAGCGUGCCUUCCUCUUAGCACGUUUCUCCCUUUCGUCCUGAGUUUGAGCAUCUUCGAAGCCUAUGACACCUUUGGUAAAGGCUGUUCUCCAAUUGGAGCGCUCGUAGGCCAGUGUUUCCCAGUUGGUGUUUAUACAAAUUUUUUUUAGAUUUGCCCUGUGAGAGUCUUUAAACCUCUAUUGUUGACCACCAGCAUUAUGCUUCCCAUUUUUAAGUUCGGAAUAGAGUAGUUGCUUUGGAAGACGAUAAUCAGGCAUCCACACAACAUGACCAGUCCAACGAAGUUGAUGUUGAAGAAUCAUUGCUUUGACACUGGCGAUCUUUGCUUCUUCCAGUACACUGGUAUUAGUUUGCCUGUCUUCCCAAGUGAUGUGUAAAAAAUUUUGGAGACACCGUUGGUGGAAUCUUUCAAGGAGUUGGAGAAGGCGUUUAUAAGUGGUCCAAGUUUCACAAGUAUACAGUAAGCAUACUGUACUUGGAUGGAGGAUUGAGUGAUGUGAGAAGUAUAUACACCUCUUGACUUUUGGAUGACUGGAAUUUGGUCUGUUGUACAAAGGUCAGCGUCACACCCAUUGCUGCAACCAGUUUUGCCUCUGGCCACUUCCACAGACAGACAUCUGACUCCUGAAGGGUUUUCGGUGAGGGAAUGUGGCUUUUGAGCUGAAAAAGUUGCCUCACCUCUCUUCUAUAGGGAGUGAUGGACUGCAGAGGAGCAAUAUUGUGCAUCUUAGUUUCCCUGCCAUUCCUCCACCCUGAAGCUCUUCAUGGACUCUGCUGUUCAGAUUGAACAAGUUAUAGGACACAGUUGACUUGUGACAUAAAAACAGCAAAUGUAGAGAAGUUUUUAAUGUUUGAUUAGAGAAUCAUAGAAUUGUAGAGUUGGAAGGGACCCCGAAGAGCCCAACCCCCUGAAAUUCAGGGCUAUGCAGCUGUCCCAUAUGGGGAUCAAACCUGCAACCUUGGUGCUUUUCAUACUUUGUUGGGAGCCACCCAGAUUGGCUGGAGCAACUCGGUCAGAUAGGGGGAUAAUAAUAAUAAUAAUAAUAAUAAUAAUAAUAAUAAUAAUGUGAUGGUGAUGUUGUCAGGAGGGGCAAAAGGAGGGGGCCGAGCCAGCACAUCACUUUAAGAUGUGCUUAUCCACCUGCCAUUUGGUGGGCAACCUGGUAUAGAAAUCUUGAGGGUUGAGUAAUGUUCUAUUUUAUGCAUUUUGAAAUGACAGAGUUGUCUAUAAACUCAGCACACUAGAAGUACCACAAACAGCUGGGACACAUCUACAGAAGUGCAACCAAGGUUGGGCAGAGUAGCUGCAGAAAAAUCUAUGGUCCCCACUUAAAUAAAUCAAGCUGUGUAAUCAAGCUUUUUGCCCCUGAGAAAAGGAGGACCGAUUGUCAGACCCACAGGCAAACCUUGUGAUUUAAGGUAAGAAGAGAAUAUUGCAGCAUCAGGAACAGAAAGGGUGCAAAGGUAGCAUUCCAAAGAAUUUUCAGAGAUAUAGAUAAGAUUCUUCCCACCGUGGAGGGGAAGACUCACUACUAGAAGGGAAGCCGAUACUCCAAAAUGAUGAUGUUUUCCUGAAGAACUGGAGCCAUAAGUGAGGAAGAACAGAAACUGAGAGAACUGAGACUGCUUCAGGGCAAGCGUAGAAGCAACUGAUUAUUUUGGAAAGCAGAUGAAAAUGGUGAACAGGGUGAAACGGAGAGGGAGGCCGGAGUAAUGCUUAGUGAAACAGUGGAAGAGGAUAUGGAGCAAUGUGGUCUGACAAGACCGCUAUGGAAGGGAGAAGAAGAAGAAAAAAGGAAGUCAAGGAUUUGCCAAGGGGAAGAAACUUUCAUAAUUUUCCAGUUUCAGACACAGCGACUGCUGACAAGAGGUUCAGAUGACACUUCUUGUUUCUCCUGUAGUGGCAUUUCCUCCCUUCCCUAUCAGCCUUUUGCUUGGUUAUAUUUUGGGCACUUGACUACUUAUGAGAACUGCAGCUUCUUGUCACUUGAGCUGACAAGUGCCAAGAAAUCCCACGCUUUGCACCGUGAAGCUGGUGGGUCAGCUGCCCCAUCUGAAGGCUUCAUCACAUAUUGAAGCCGCUAAGUGAGACUUGUAAGGUGACUUGUAAGUGCCAAGAAGAGACUGCCGCUUCCUCUACAGCCUUCCUUUCUCACACUCUGAACAACUUGCUAGAAAUAUUGCCCAGAUAGGCACACCACUCAAAGAACCUCCUUCAUAUGUGGGCUUUGCCUGCUCCUUGGGGGACCAGAGUGGAUUUCUGCCCUCCCAUUCUGACACACGCUUCAACUGCCUGUCUGAUCUGUUGACCAGAUGUAGACAAAUAUCAGACCCCCCCCAAGUGUCCCUGUUUUCCAGGGGAUGGUCCCAGUUUGGAAGACGUCCUAGUUUCUGAUUUGAUCCCAGAAUGUCCCAUUUUUCCUUAGGAUGUCUCUGUUUUCAUCAGAGAAAUGUUGGGGGUUAUGGCAGCAUGUCUCUAUUUUCAUCAGAGAAAUGUUGGAGGGUAUGGAAUAGUGUGUCCCUAUUUUCAUCGAAGAAAUAUUGGCGGGGACAUCUCUAUUUUCAUUGGAGAAAUGGUGGAGGAUAUGCAAUACGAUGUCCCUAUUUUCAUCAGAGAAGUGUUGGAGGGUAUGAAAUAUGGUAGUUGACUUUCGCUUUCCAUGACCUUCUGCAUUUGACGCUGUCCUGGCUGUUCCCUUGCCAUUGUCUAGGCCUCUGGCCCUAAAUCCUAGACAGGACCAUUUAUAUCCCAUGCUCCUGAUAUAUAAGUGCCCCAAUCCUCAAUAUUUGUUCUGAUGUAUUUCCAGUGGUCCCUGUACUCUAUGGUGCAUGGAUCCAUGGGAGAACAGUUCUGGGUCUUUGGAGUGAUUUCCUGUCUGGGGUGCAUUUUGCCACAACAUUUCUAUGAAUUUGUUGGCAGGUGAAAAGGCACAUCUUUGUCCAGGUCUUUGGGAAGGGGUGCUCUUCAUUAAGCAAUGAGAAUGUCUUUUCUGCCAGUGCUCUGCGGUUUAACUGCCUUGUGGUUUUCCAAUAAAGAACGCUAGUGCUGCAAUAUUUUGCUUUAGCUUCUCAUUGUUAAAUGUGUUUUAAUAUGUAUGUGCUUUCCAAACUCAGACCUUCGGGUGAAGGGUGCAUUUUAAACAUUCUUAAUAAAUAAGUAAGGUAAAAGGUAAAGGACCCCUGGAUUGUAAAGUCCAGUCAAAUUUGACUUUGCGGUGCUCCUCUCCGCUUUCAGGCCGAGGGAACCAGAAUUUAUCCAUAGACAGAUUUUCUGGGUCAUGUGGCCAGCGUGACUCAACUGCUUCUAGUGCAAUGGGACACAGUGACGAGUGCCAGAGUGCACAGAAAUGCUGUUUACCUUCCCACUACAGUGGUACCUAUUUAUCUACUCGCGCUGGUAUGCUUUCGAACUGCUAAGUUGGCAGGAGCUGGGACAGAGCAGCGGGAGCUCACUCCGUCACAGGGAUUCGAACUUUUGACCCUGUGAUUGGCAAGCCAAAGAUUCUUGGUGGUUUCAACCACAGCGCCACCUGCGUCACCCUAAAAUAAGUAAACAUUGUACUGGCACAGGGGUUAGUAUACUCCCCCUUCCCUUAAAUCCUAAGCACUGGGCAAUUCUUAGGAUUGCACCGUAAGGCUGCACCCUGUUGUCUUCUCACACCACCCUGCCAGUGUCCCUCAGAAAAAUGUUCCCCGGGGCCAUCACCCUGGCAGUCCCCCACAACCCAUGAUACGCCCCUGGCCUUAAAUAUCCAUGCAUUCUGAUUAGUGCUAGAGACACCAUUUAUGUUUACAAAGGCUAAGCAGCCAUUUCUUCUUUGUGCCUGAUAUAUAUAUAUAUAUAUAUAUAUAUAUAUAUAUAUGCACCCAGCAUCGCCAGAGUACAUGCGAAGCCUUGUGGCACAAUUCAUGAAAAGGAUCUGUUUUUUUUUAAUGCCUAACAAAUCAGGCACAAUGGGAGUGGGGUCAACACUUUGACCGCAUCAUUUUCACCUAUGAAAAUUCUCCCUAGCUUCUAUUGGCCUCAUGGGGCAACAAAUACAGGUCGCCAUAAGCUGCAGGUUAUUGCAUCACACCUAGCAAUUUUUUUCUUCCCCAUCCUAUUAUUAUUAUUAUUAUUAUUAUUAUUAUUAUGUUACAAAACAAACUGGCAGCCCUUUUUAUUUUUCCUUAAACAACCAACCCGAAGAAGAGCUCUAAGAACUUAAAAGCUUGCUCAUUAUUUUGUGAUGCUUUAUUUCAUUACAAUGAAAGCAUCGCUCUACUGUUGCAUUACAAUCAUCUCUUGAGCUUUUGUUUGGGGAUCAUAACAUUUAACUUAAGAAAUCUCUCUCAUUUACUUUCGCUACUUCAGGGAACACCUUGAAUAUUUUGUGUCUCUAGAAGCCUGUAUGGAAAACCUAGUUUUGCAAUAAAAACACAGGGGAAGGAACACUGGGCUGGUGGAACAGCUUGGAAUAAUAAUAGACUAAUAGAAUUGUAGAGUUGGAAGGGACCCUGAGGGGCAUCUAGUCCAACCCCUGCAAUGCAGGAACCUCAACAUAUGGUACCCUAUCCCAUUUGAAAUAGUAAUAAUAUUUCUACCUCACCCAUCUUUGCAGAGAAAAGCUAAAUAUGUGCUUAAGCUCCCCUAUGUGUAGGCUAGGCUGCUUGUGGAAAGUCCUAUUUUCCCUGGUUCCCCUCUCAGUUCUUCCUUGUGAGCUCCAAGUGUGCACAACAUGGAGCCAGAGAAAUAGAAAAACAUACCUUAUCAUCUGACUUUAUGGUUUCCCUGUGAGGGGUGUGCUGUGAUUGAUGGUUGAAUUGUGCUAUAGCCUAUGCUCAGUUGUGGUGACGUGAUUUGGAGUGUGAGACAGUCAGUGACGGGACUAUUUUGAACCCUCCUCUUGUAGAAGGGACGCAGGUGGUGCUGUGGGUUAAACCACAGAGCCUAGGACUUGCCGAUCGGAAGGUCGGCGGUUCGAAUCCCUGCCACGGGGUGAGCUCCCGUUGCUCGGUCCCUGUUCCUGCCAACCUAGCAGUUCGAAAGCACGUCAAAGUGCAAGUAGAUAAAUAGGUACCGCUCCAGCAGGAAGGUAAAUGGCGUUUCAGUGCACUGCUCUGGUUCACCAGAAGCGGCUUAGUCAUGCUGGCCACAUGACCCGGAAGCUAUACGCAGGCUGCCUCGGCCAAUAAAGCAAGAUGAGCACCGCAACCCCAGAGUCGGCCACGACUGGACCUAACGGUCAGGGGUCCCUUUACCUUUACCUUGUUGAAAUGAAUGCAUGCUUCCCAUUCACUCCUAUGGGCAAGAAUCAAGUGCUGCACUUUGCUGAGGUCAUAUCUCAUGAUACUAGCCAACCUCCUAACCUCCACUGGCCAUGAGCCUAUGGGGGAAGCAAUAUGUCGUGUGAGUGUGGAGCAGAUAUUGUGCUCCCACCUCUUGAAAUCAUCAUCAUCAUCAUCAUCUACUUGGCCUUCUUCUCCCCACCCCCAUCCUGAUGGCAGGCAUUUUGCUGGCCAUGUCAAAAGCAAAAGACUUUGAAAAAAAGUGGAAGAGGCACAUCAAACAAAAGCACACUUGUUUUAUCCAAGCAUUGCCGGGCAAACAAAUAGAGGCUUAAUUGGGGAUUGGCUAUCUGCAAGCAAAUAUAGCUCUCGCUAUUGUUUAAAAUCUUUGUUCCUGCUGAUUUGCAAAACUGCUCUGAAGUGCAAUGUGACUGGAUGGGCAUGAAAACUCCCAUUUUCUUUAUAUAAUAAGUGCACUGUGACCUACAUGGGCAAGUUGUGAGAAUUGGGGUGGCUGCAUUGUUACUAGACUCCAGUAACUGUGCUCCUGACCCAAGUGUGGUGGGUGCCCUUUCUUGUGGGUAUGUGGGAAGCCCAUUUUGGAAGCUCUCCUCCUAACCUCAUAACUUCAGAGGAGCCAAAUUGCCACUUAUUAUGAACUGUUUCACAGUGAGCACCAGUGCAUCAAAAUCUCUCCUGUUCAAUGAAGGGAUACAGAUUAUUGUACCCACAGUGAGGGCUGUGAGUCCAAGACACCUUCUUGGGCUCAGAAAUCUCACUGCAGGUGAGGGACACAAGCUCCUCACCUUGUGUCACAGGAGGCCCAGCGAAGAAUAACCAUGUAUAAACCAGCCUUGCACAUGUCAGACACAUGUCCCAGGCUCAUAAACAUAUAUGGCUUAUGUAGCCAUGGAUGAAUGAUGCUUGCGUGAAUCUAGAAAUCAUGAUUUACAAACCUCAGAUGUUCGAAUGCAGACAUGGACUUGCCAAACCAGACUCUUUUAAAUGAAAGGGUUGACUAUGUUUUCUAGAAAUAUCAGGUUUAGAAUUAUGGAAUGCCUACUUUAUAGGGUGGAGAUCAUUUGAGAUAGUGAUACCACUGAGAGAUCCUGGGUCUGGUUUACAAAGCAAUUUCCCCCCACAUCCCUAUCAAAUGUUAAAUAAUGGUGGGUAAAAACGUUACCCACUGUUUCAUUUGUAAGGAAAAUAUGUAAGUGUUUAAAAAUAACAAUACAGUGGAACCUUGGUUUUCGAGCGUCUCGGAAGCUGAACAAUUCAGAACCCGAACGCCAAAAACCCAGAAAUAAUUGCUUCCAUUUUUGAAUGUGCCUCGGAAGUCAAAUGACUUCUGAGGUGCGUUUUUCAUCCCCCCCCAUUGACUUUGCAGCCAGCCCAUUGAUCCUCGAUUUUCGAACAUUUUGGAAGCUGAACUGUCUUCCAAAAUGGAUUAUGUUCGAAAACCGAGAUUCUAUUAUAAUAAAAUGUUCUGAGAGGCAGAGAUAUUCAGCUACAUCUCACUUCAGAUACUAUAUGCAGUGCCUUGGCUUGUAGCUAUGUGUAGAUUUUAAUGCAGAGCCUGUCUUCCAGCCACAACUGUGAAGUGUUAGAAAAAGGAAGAAGAGGCGUGCCUUCUAUUGCAGAUUCCCAUUUUUCUUGCUUUCUAAUCUAGCCACCUGUGCCAAGGUAUUACUGUUCAAAGUCUUAUUAGAGACAGAAUUGGGACUUUGGGUGGUUCUGAUCUAUGGUAUGAAAAGUUAUAUGAAGGAGCAGAAGGCUAUACAGUGGUACCUCAGGUUAAGAACUUAUUUCGUUCUGGAGGUCCGUUCUUAACCUGAAACUGUUCUUAACCUGAGGUACCACUUUAGCUAAUGGGGCUUCCCGCUGCCGCCGCACCGCUACUGCACGAUUUUUGUUCUCAUCCUGAGGUAAAGUUCUUAACCCGAGGUACUAUUUCUGGGUUAGUGGAGUCUGUAACCUGAAGCGUCUGUAACCCGAGGUACCACUGUACUAUAGACUUAAAAUGGUGUAACUAUUGUUUCCUUUCUCCUGAGGAAUCCGGGGAACUAUAGAACUGUCAUGUGGGGUCCCGGAUGGGACUCCAAGAGAGAAUGAUCAGCUGUUCUUAAACUACAACCUUAUUUAAGGAAAGCCACGAGAAGUCAGACCCGUAGAAAACAAACAUAAAUUUGGAAUGUAGGUACCAGUUAUGCCCACAGUCUGCGGUGAUGUAAACUGCUCAUCAUUCCCCUCUCCGCAACGAAUUCCAAUGCUGGUGUGAGAAAAAAGCCAGUUCAUGAGUGUUUUGUGUUUUGACCCUGUCUCAAAAAAAGGUGGCCUUCUUUCUGGGUAACCCUCUUUCUCUUUCCUUGUCCCCAGGGCUCCAAUAUGGGAGGCAAACUGAGCAAGAAGAAGAAGGGCUACAAUGUGAACGAUGAAAAGGCCAAAGACAAGGACAAGAAGGCUGAGGGGGCAGCCGUGGAGGAAGGCGAGGCUCCGAAGGAGAACGAACAGAUCCAGGCCACCACAACGGAGACGGCAGAAGUGAAGGAGAACAACCAGGAGGAUAAGCAGGGAGACAAGGAGGCCAAAAAGGCGGAAGAGAAAGAAGGGGACAAAGAGAUGGCUGCCCCGAGCCAGGAAGAGCCCAAGAAACCUGAGCCGGAGAAGCCUGAGGCUGUCGUCGAUGCCAAGGCUGAGCCUCCGAAGAACAACGAGCAGCAGGCCCCCAAGGCGGAGGAGCCCAGCCCUGCCGCUCCUCCUCCAGCCAGCAGCGACGCGCCGAAACCUUCUGAGCCCAGCAGCGAUGCAAAAGCUUCCCAGCCUUCAGAAGCCACAGCUACUAGUAAAGUAGAUGACAAGGGCAAGGAGGAAGGGGAAGUCAAAAAGACUGAGGCUCCUGCAGUACCCACAGCCCCCCAAGAAACUAAAAGUGAAGUGGCCCCAGCUUCAGACUCAAAACCUAGCAGCAGCGAGGCUGCACCUUCUUCCAAGGAGACCCCGGCAACAACAGAAGCACCUAGUUCUACUCCUAAGGCCUCGGAGCCUGUGGCCCCGCCAGAGGAAGCAAAACCAUCUGAAGCCCCGGCAACUAAUUCGGAUCAAACCAUAGCAGUGAAAGAUUAAAUUUGGACAGCCUAUUGGGAAACGAAACGGUGGCAGCAGCAGCAGCAGCAGCGACGACGACAAAUUAACCACUUUAAACAACCUGUGUAUUUUUAUUAUUAUUACCUCUCUCUUUCUCUCUUUCUCUCUCUUUCUUUUUUCCCCCCAGCUCUACUAACUCAUUUCAGAUCUGAAAUAACAAUAUGUAUUGCCCAGGAAAAAUAAAAAAGGAAAAAAACAACAACAAAGUUUUAAAAAAACAGAUUGUCCCAUCAAGUUGAAAGGGGGGGGGGGUUGGGGUGCUGGUUCUGGCAGAGGACGGGCUGGGGUGGGGAUCCAAAUAGUAUUUUUGUGGGGGAAAUAUCUAAUAUACUUUCUGCCAACUUUGCAAAGUCCUGUAUUUCAAUCAGUAGUUAAAAUAAGGCAACCCAGAUGUCCGAAAAUGCGGCACCUCUUUUUUUUGUACGUGAACCGCUUCGUAAACGCACUCCACCAAUCUUUGGAUCUUUUCCUUUCUUCUUUUUCUCUAAUGGGGGGUUUGGGAGUGAUGAUGUAAUUGAAGAUCCUGCCCAGUUGGGCUCAGUGCCACACCAAUCAGAUCUUUAUGAAAGCAGUAUUUCCUGUGGUUUGUAUUUUUUUUUUUUUUUUAAUUUACAGCCUUUAUCAUUUUGUAUUUUUUAUGCAGUGGAUGAACGGCAGCUUUCAGACGAAACUCACACAGCUGUCCACAUUUUUUCUCAAUGCCAAUCCUCUGAUUCUUCUUCCUCUCCAAAUAUUUUUGGGAGUUAAAAAAACAAAAAACAAAAAAACAAAAAAAAACGCAUUCUCAUCCUACUUAGCCUACCUAGAUUUCUCAUGACGAGUUUAAUGCAUGUCCGUGGUUGGGUGCACCUGUAGUUCUGUUUAUUGGUCAGUAAAAAUGAAAAAAAAAAAAUUCUGCGUUCAUUGCAGUUCCAGUUUCUCUUCCAUUCUGUGUCACAGACACCAAUACACCACUCAUUGGGGAAAAAAACAAAACAAAAACAAACGAAAAAGCAAAAUGUACAAUGGAUGCAUUGAAAUUAUAUGUAAUUGUAUAAAUGGUGCAACAGUAAUAAAAGUUAAAUAAUUU